AUGACUGCGAUCCGCUGCGUGGCCUCCAUGAAGAGCAUGUACCCGGUGGCUUGGAAACCCAAAUACUUUUUGUUCUACGCUGUCCUACACGUGUGCUGCAGCUUAGACUCGGUAUUGGGUAAGUCUUGUGCACGAUAAUUAUAUUAGGGACUUAUUAUGGUACAGCGUCAUGGUUAUACGGAUAUUUUUAAAAGGAGCCCGAUGUCGAUUUUUCGCAUUUUUCCGAUUUUCGUAAAAUGUGAAUAUUCUUUUUAACGUUUUGACGACAUAGGACUUUUCCACUAACAAAUUUAAGGGGGACGGCCGUUUUAAUUCGACGUUGAUUAAAUAUUUGUUUCGCCAUUUUUAGUUAAUACGUAAACAAUCGUAAACAAUACAUUAUACAGCCCGCAUUGAAUUCCGAUUUUUUUAUAAGAUUUCAAAUAAGACGGUAUAACAAAGUCGGUCAAUAAAAAUUUUAAAAUCGACUUUUAUUAUUUUUUUUUAAAGACACGUUAUUAAAGUCUGAGAUUAAUCUAUUGAAAGACGGAGUUCAAUGAUGCGGGUUGUAGAAAGUCCUUCUUAUUUCCAAAAAUAAAAAACAAUCGUCAAAUCGGACCAUACGACGAAGUCAUGAAUUUUUCCCGUAAGACGUGUUUUCGAGCCAAAUACCUUGCUGGCACCAAAUACUCUUGAGUAUGUUUAAGGUAUUUUUCUGUAUAAUAUAGCAACAAUAUAAUUACUAUCAGAUAAAAUACUCUAAAAAAUACGGACCGUCGACUUAAAUAGUUUUAACGCAAGAAACGUCAAAUUUUAGACAAAUUUAAACUUGAGAUUUCGCUUUUCGUAGAGUCAUUGAUCGCGGAGUUUUAUCAAUUGUCAUAUAAAUAAAAAUACCUGUAACAAUGUCGUACGAGUGUAUUGUUCCGAAAUGCUAUGCUGCGUCGCAUCGUGGGACAAAAUAUUCUAAGCGGCCAAAAUGUUGUAUUAUUAUAGGUUAUUUAGUUUUAUGUAAUACGUACUAAUCAUAUAGGUGUCAGGUUUUAAUAAUUUUAAUGGAUACCAUAUAGAUGUCAUGAAUAACUUCCAACACUUUUCCUACCCCUGACAAAAAAAAAAGUGUGUAUGUUUCGCAUGCAAAUAGAUAUUAUAUUAUUAAGAUAUGUAUUAUUAUCAUUUGCAAUAACUGUAGUAUCUGUGUAGUCACAAAACAAAUUACAACCGCAGUAGUAAUAAUAGCGUCAAUACAUACUGCAAAUUGCAGGUUUCUUGUCAACGAGUUACCUAUAUCAAAUUUUUUUAAUUUCUAAAAUCAAAAAAAAUUUAGUUUAUUUAUAUUGUUUAUUUAUAUCCAGUAUAAUGGUUCGGUUCUGUCCCUUCGUGUCCCUAAUAGAUUUAUGAUUUUUUUUUUUUUAUGUACAGGAAAAUGAACAUAUACAUUUUAAAUAUUGAGUUAUCGUGUGUAAAUUUAGAAGUUUAAUUCGGAGAUAAAAAAGUAGGCAGCCACCUUCGACCCUUUGUUUUGAAGGUAAAGUUAUAUUCAUAUACCGUUGAGGUCGGAAUAAAAUUGUAAAAGAUUCGUGUAAAUACCAAACAGAGUUAAAAAAAAAAAAUAAUAAUAAUAAUUUUGUCCGCUUUGGAUUGAUUUCUGUAAACAAAAUAUCGCGGUUAGGUUACAAAAAAUGUAUCGUUUUGUACAUCAAACUAUAUUUAUGUGACUUUACAACGAUUCUGUGAAUAAAAAUUUUAUUUUACAUAUUUUGGGAUUUCGUACAUUUUCAACGUUUAUUUCAGUAUCUACUGCUUAUUAGUAAAUAGUGGUAAUUUUUCAAUGAGUGCAAAAUAAAUUUGUUUGAAAUGAGAAAAUAUUUUAGUGUGCGAGUUUUAGAUAAAAAGACAAAAAAACAAAACAAAACAAUUACAGCGCACAAAAUAACGAAUGAAAAUGUUUUAAAUAUUGAAAAUGUACCCAUAGUUUUUUUUUUUUUCUAGGUCAUAAUGAAUAAUAGCAAUAAUUAUCGGCGUUAUAGAUCCAAGUGUUUAUUAUAGAUUUUUCGAACAAUAUUACAGUAAGAAACUCCAUUCAUUAAUCGCCGUACCCGGCGAAUUUAAGAAUUUGAGUGAUUCUGUGCUCGUUUUUUUUCCCUUCAGAUUCUGAGCGCAACGUGGAUUAUUUUGGUUUUACUAUGACGCAGUGUUGAUUUGUUUUUUCGGUUCUAAAAAAUUUGUUUACCAUCAAAUCUUAUUUCGAUCUUCAAAUAUAGUAUCUUUCUGGAUGAAAAUUUUGUUUUAUUAGUGUAUUAAAACGACCAUUUUUUUAUUUUUCUUAAUAAUUGAGAAAAACCAGGAAAAACCGUAGAAGAAAAACUAUUUACAUUGCACGUUGAUCCGUUAUUUUUUAAUUUGUUUUUUGUUGUAAUUUGGAUAAUAAUUAUUGCAGUGACGUGAUAUUUGUAUAGAAUAAUUAUUAUAUUAAUCCUUUCUAGAUGUGGUGAUAUAAUUUUUAAAAUAUUUGUGUGUUUUUAAGUUAUUUAGCUAAUAAAGCUAAUUGUAAUUAUUUUUUUUUGUAUGCUGUUAUAAUAAUAUUAUUCGAAAAUUUGAUACAAAGUUCCUCAUAAGUAGUUUUUGUUGCGAAAAAAAAAAUAGAAAAUUCAUAGUAAUUUUUUUUUUUAUUUAUUAUUAUAAGAUAUUAUUAUGUAUAGUUAUCGCUAAUAUAAUCAUAAUAGGUAUUUCUAUGUUCAGACUAUAAUUUUAAAUAUUAUGUGGAAAACGUACAACAAUAAUAUGAAGUAAAGUUUUUAUUAAAUAGUUGUUAACAAAAAAAAAAAAAAACUUAAUAACAUAGAAAAUCGCGUUAUAAUUAGUAUAAUUAUUUAUACUAUUGCACUGCUGCAGCAGUAAAUCAUUGUUUACAAAUUUAUUACACAAUUUUAAUAGCACCUAACGUAUAUAAUGAACCUUGGCAAUAAUAUGAUAAGUAAUAAUUUUAUAAUUUAUUUUUAAAUCGUAUAAUAUAUUAUUAAUAUAAUCAUUAUCGUUAAUUUUUUUUCAAUUUUACAAAAUAAUUAUGCGAUGAAAGAAUAUGAGUUAUUACCUUAAAUUGCAAUUUAAAUAGCGGUUAAUGGUCGUUACUUAUUUAUUUUUUUCUCUGUUAUUAUUUAAUUCGCACUUAUUCUACUUUAAUUUAAGUGUUGUUGUGUGUAUUGGUUUUACUGUGAUGUACGUUUUUUUUUUUUGUUAAAAACUGUUCUAUUGGAAAUCUUGCCCCGAUCGCAAAUUUUAAGGGUAAAUUCUUGUAGGACAUUUUCGUUAGUUAAUUGAGAAGGUUAAUUUUGGAUGCUUCUUAUAGUUAUUUUAUCAAUUGGGAAAAAGUGUUGGAAAUAAGAAUGUACGCAAUAAAACGGGUUUCUGUUUUGUUCAUUCUGAGACAUUCUGAGACUUUUAAGCUAUUUUUAAAAUUGUUUAGUUUUUUUUUAAGUUUUAUUUGUGUUUUAUGUGGAUAAAAUUUGUUCAGUUUCUCAUAAAUACUCGUUAUUUGUACACUAGGUUUAUCAUAGGUUGAUUCUAUAACACUGUAAAAAUAACAAAAAUCCGUGCUCACAAAUUCAUACUAUAAGUGUUAAAAGUUCAAAUUUCACGUAAACCGUAGAAAAUACGGCCUUUUGCGUAUGCCAUUCUUUUAUUUAUAUGGAUAGAAAUUUUUGGCUUCAUUAAAAAUUCUGAUCAAUUUGAGAUGAAAAAACACGGAAAAUGGUGAUGUGUUUUGUAGUCAUAAAUUAAUCGUUAUACAAUUUUCAAUUGAAGUUAAUCAUACAUGUUUAACCGAACUCUGUUCAGGAUCGUUUUUCGUUAGCAGUGCAUAUCGUUGUGUACAAAUACAAAUUAAAUCAUACUUUAUUUAUCCUUCCCUACUCAACUUUUUCUUUCAAUUUUUCGUUUAGUUUUGAUGAUAUUAUAUGCACUUUGAGCUAGACUAAUUUAUAAAUAGGCAAUACUUACUCAUUGUUUUUUUCUAUAUUUUUUUCAUUAUGGAAAAAAAAUCUUUAUUAAAAUGUAUUAAAAAUAACGUGUGUAUAGUAAAAAAUAAUAUUGUUGUCUAUAUUUUUCAUUAUUCGCUUUGUUCAAUGUAAUCCUAUGGAAUGCGCAUAAAAACAGGUCUAAAUUCUAAACGACAUGACCCGACGAUAACAUUGCGAUAUUAUUAUGUUUUUAAUCUCGUGUUUGGUGACGUCGCCAAAUGGCUUUAAAACCAUUUUUUAAAGCUUUACCGCUGCAGGUUGUUAAAUGCUGUUUAAUAUAGGGUAUCGUUAAAUCUGCUAAAAUUUAAAAAAGGUUUGUAUAAAGCGUUCAUCUUUCAUAGGACACGUUGCAGAUAUUAUAUUUUUUGUAUUGUUAAGUUUGUACAUUUAUCUUAUAAUGCAAAUUGAAUGUACAAGUUUACGAGUACUGCAAAUUUUAGUAAGGAUAUUUUUCGUAAUCAUUUUUCACAUGCCAUAUUUUAUUUGUAUUUUGCGUUGUUGAAAUUAUAAUUUAUUCAUAUUACUAUUUUUCUAGUUUUCAUUUUUUUCUCCCACAAACUUAUAUGUUAAACCAUAAUCAAUUUCUUUCCAUUUUUUCCGGAUUUCGGGUUGAAAACGGGUUUUCUAUUUUAGGUUCCGUAAAGAAAACUUUCGAAAUUAGAGCUGCAUACUUAUAGAGUCGCAGUAAAAAAAUGUAGUUACAUAAAAAUCCUGUCUAAUAAUAACCAUAUUUCUUAUUAUGGUACAAUAGGAACAGUUGUUUUAAAUUAAACACUUAAACUUAAACCUAGCUUAAGCUAUACAAUUACUAAAAUGAAGUAAUAAUAAAAUAAAGAUAACCUGGGUUUCGGUUUGUGGGUUGAUAGCGAGUUCACGCAUCAUUCUAGUUCCUGGUUUCGGAUGGUCGAUCUCCUUAUCGAUUUUUUCUCGGUUUUUGCGGCUUUUAAACCAGGUUUUGAUUCUUCGGUUUUGAUACUUAUCGAACAAUCACCAUAAUAAUAUGCAAUAUCUUUACGUUACAUUAAAUAUUGUUUAUAAAUAAAAGAAAAUAUCAAACGGCCGAUGUGGAAUAAAUACUCAAUUCGAAAAUUAUAAAUCUAAUAACAUUUAUAAAUAUUUAGUGCAACGCUUACCGGUAUCAAUUGUCCUAGUUUAUUUUAUUUCUGCAACCUAAACCAAUUUAGUACAUAAUAAUAUGAAAAUAAAAUUAUUUUAAAGUACCAAAUAUUCAUGUAUGGUAUAAUAAAUCCGGAUGCAGAAAGUUUGGAAAGAAAAGCAUUUUCAGAAGGACGAACAUACAAAAAUUUGUGAAAGACUACAAUAGGCUAGCCAUAUAUGACGGUCGACGAGCAAAAAAUGUACUAAUGCAUAUGGUAUCAAUCAAUAAACUCAACGGAACGAGUCCAAGAGGUAGACCCCGUCAGCGAUAGCUAAUAGUAGAGUAAAAAAAGAUUUGGAAAGCCUGGGAAUGACGAGAAUUGAAAAUGCGGAUGAUCGGGAACAUUAGAGAGAAUUGGUGAAAGCGGUAAAAGGCAUUCAUGAACUAUAAACCAAGAAAAUAUAUGGAUAUGUAUAAAACAUAAUCGACUACGGUAAUUUAUUCUUGUUUUAAAAGUGAGAUUUGUUUUUAAUUUGUUAUUGUACCGUCUAAUAGUCACGUAUAGACAACAUCUAGUCUUAUACGUUUUUCGUAGAUUUUAGAUAAAAUAUGUUUUUAUUUUUCAUAAUAAAUUUAUAUAGAUAGGAAUUUUAAUGAAAACAUAAUACAUCAGAUAUUUUUAUAAUCGAAACGAUAAACAAAUUAAGUCACCGGGAAAUAUUUACCACAGGUUUAUUAUACGAUUAUAAAUCGUUUAAUUAUAUUACCAUCACACAGAUUUUUUUAAUUAAAAACGACAACAAACAUUGAAAAUUGUAUGUAUGUAUGUAUCGUAUGUUUAUUUAUUUGUAGACUGUUUGACAUUUUCAAAUUUGCAAUUGUAUAUCCGUCUGUAAUUCAAACUUUGACGUAAAAAUCAUGAAAAAUAAAUUUUAGCACCGAACAUGAAUUUGAUUGCAAGCUCUACUCGUCUUAUCGUAUUAUUAUAUUUAUUUAAUUUUUGAGCGGAAUAAACUGCAAUUCCAAAAUAAUGAUAUUAUGUUAGAAACAGAUGGGAAUCAUUGACAUAUUAAUGAAACCUACUGUACUAAGAGAGAAAAUAGUGAACCGAUAUUGAAUGAGAAAUAAUGCUAUUUGGUGGAUAGUUGAGGAGACAGACAUUUUAGUAUUACAAUACAAGAUAAUCGAUACUUUCCAAAACUGUAUCGCGAUCCAAAAUAAAUACAUACUUAAGAUACUUGUAUCGUAUAUACUGCCAGAUUCUGGUUUUGUAUACACGCAUUGCGCGGCUCGGUAAUUUAUUAAUCAUCGCUGUUAUAUUACAUUAUCAAGUAUUGUCGUAAUAUUAUUGUAGUUUUAUUCUUAAAACGUAGGUACCUAUAAAAUAUUGUAACGAAUGAAACAAUCGUAAUCGUACAGAGUCAUAUUUCUUUGAAGUUACCUAUAGGUACAGCAAAACGUCGUAUCGACUCGUCAUAGCAGACGACGAUGACGUAGACACUCCUAGACAUAUCAUUACGCAAUUACAAUUGUAGGUAAGUACCUAUGUUGAUGUGUCUUUGUAUGUGUGUGUAUUCAAUUUAUUUAUUAUGUUUCCGCGCGAUUUUUUAUUUUACAUUUCCCUUCUUUGUUAUUAUUGUUAUUAUUAUACUAUAAUAAUAUCCACGACUCUCGCAUCAAUAAGUAGGUAGGUACCUAUCUCGCCGACGGGAUACAAUAAAAAUAGAAAAAAUGAAAAUAAGCCGCAGAGACUGUAUUCUGAUUUUUCGCCGUUUAUUUUAUAUAAUAUAUAUACAUAUGAGAAAAAAAUAAAAAUAUUUUUACAGACAGAAAAACACGCGCGAACGCGUAAAUCGGAUGACCUUGCCCGGACGUGCCGUUAACGGUAUUCCUCUGCGCGCCGAGACCGCAGCCGUUGGCGAUUAUUACUUUUUUUUUUUUAUUAUUAUUGUUAUUAUAGUCGACACUGCCGCCGCCGUCGCGAUCUUCUAUGUCGCUGCGAUCGAAACCGCGGCAAGUCUGGGUCCUUUUGACUGAUUACCGGCGGCGCCAACAAGUAAUGUGAACAUUUUUUUUUUUUUGAUGAGAAGCUUAAAUUUCGUGGGGAGUUCAGACCCCACGGAAAGGCCCUGAUUUACGCAUGCGCACGUGAAGUUUAAACACAGGGCUUUCAGAUUCCGAAGGCCGCGUCACAUUCUAUAAUUAAAAAAAUAGUACACUUUUAUAUUUUUGGUAGAUAUACGGUUGAGUGUUUAUUAGUUAUAAUUAUGUAUCAAAAUUUUAACAGUUUUGUAUUUAAUAAUAUUAUGUAUCAUUUCCGCACUUAAACAUAUAAAAACUCGAAUGCGUUCUUCUUUAACUCAUCAAUCAGGCCUUGCCCAUGGACCCUCCUCCCUGGCUACGUGUCUGAACACACACCUUCCGUAAGUAAUAAAAGGAAGUGUCUGACGUCUGUUUAUCUGUCCGCGACCCACAGUUGAAUCUGACGCGCGUGGGGUUUACUCGUAGACACGGACAAACGGUUUCUCGUAGUGAAUUUCCCUCUUGUAUAUACUUAGGGCCGCGAUGCGUUUUAAACGUUCGAAAAUUAAACUAAAACACGUUCUGUAAAGUGAAGAUAUUUAUAAAUUUCUUAUUCGUUUUUAGAAAAAAUGAAAAUAAACAAUUCCUAUUAAUUUUGUAUGAAGAACUUACAUUUGUUCAAUUGUUAUAUUAUUAUAAUUAUGAUCAAACUAUUUUUUUUAUAACCCUAUAUAAUACUAGAAGACACAAAUGUCGCACAGUUUAAUAGAACAAUGGUCAAUGAGGGUGUGGUAACUGAUAAGUCGUUUUCCUCCCUCCUGAUUGUUUUUUCACAAUUAUCAGUCGGUAUCUUUGCGCGUCGUCAAUUAUUCGACUUAUUAAAAAACUGUUUUCCCAGAUUAUUUUUAUAAUAAAAAAAAAAAAUCAUUAUAUUUUAAGAACGAACAAACAAGUCCACGGCAGUUGGUACCAUUUUGUUUUCUAAAUUGAUAAACUCUUAAAUUGUCAAUUGUAUAUAAAAUAUACAAUAUAAAUGGAAAUAUUUAAUUAAACCCCUAUGUUUAGUGACAGCCUGACCAUGGCUGCUAGGCCGGCUUCUCCCUCUCCCCUCGUACUUGUGUUCGGGAGCUACCCAGAGCCCAAGAUUUAUAAAAUAUCGUCAUUUAAUUACUGACUGUUUUUGUGCAGAGAUUAAAAUAUACAUAGUAUUAUAGCCCGGCGUUUUCUGUGCCACUAUUAAACAAAAAAAAUGGAUAUUCCAGAUUCGGUGAAGUAAAAAUGUAACCUAGGCAACCCAUAAAAUAUAAACCAACAAAAAUAAUUUGAUUUUUAUACUUAAAAUACCUAAAGACGGAAUUUUGGGAAGUUGUUUUUAAUAGGGAGUGGAUUUCUAAAGAUGAACCUUCGCUAGACAACUCAGACUAUUUUACGAAAAAUAACGUGAAAAUCGGUCAGAUAAUAGUCUGCGACAUUAUAAUAUGUGAUUAUUUUCGUUUCGACUCUUCAAAUUUUUUCCAAGGAAAUAAACCACCAACUGAAACACAUUAAAUUCCCUAAAACUAUCGCAACAUACUUUGCAACACAACAAAUUGAUAAAUUUUACGGUUUUGAACGUAACAAAGAUAAUACUAUGAUCAUCACCGAUAACACACUAAACUAUCGCUUUCAUUUCAAUUUAAUUUCGACUAACCUAAAUAUUAAAGAUCUAUUUUCGUCGUUGUUUAAAAAAAAUAAAUGUAUAACGAAAAGACGAUGAUGUUGUCUUAGUUUUUGCGACUUGUCGCCUCAUUUUGAUGUAUUUUUUAGUAAAUAACAUUAUGGAAGCAAUUCGAUAGUCGAUUUAGUUAAUAAUGGUAAUUAUCGAUACACAAGCUUCUAUAAUCUAUUGAAUAACCCGAUUUGUUUAUUUUAAGAACCUUUAUUUUGAGUGAAAAUGUAUCUCGUCCGUUUACGAUUAGUAUACCUAUACCUAUAUCAUAUUCAUUCUUAUAACACGUGAGAAAAAAGAGUAUGCUCAUUUGAAAAUCAACCACAACAACAACGACUUAUUAUACUUCGUGUUUAAUUUAUUGAUAUACGUAGACCUGUGCUUGGGUUUACAAAACGCGUGUAAACACACACACACACACACAUUUUUAUCACGAAAAUCCGUGUCUUGGGAAUAUAAUAUAUAGGUACAUAUACAUAUUUUUUUUUAUAUUAACUGGUGUUUAUUGUAAUGAAUUAAAAAAAAAAAAAAAUAGAAUUAUUAUUACAUUAUUGUACCUAAAUGAAUAAUAAUUUGUUACCGGGGUGGCGCAGUGGCGAUGCCGGUGCCGGCGCAAAUGGUGUCGAGGAACAUACUUGUUUUUUCUUUUUUUUUAAUAACAUUAAUAGAUGCUUAUUUAUCGUCCGUAUAAAUCAUUAGCGUCUCUUCACAGAGCAUAAUAAUAUAUAUAACACGUCUGGUAUAAAUGUUUGGUAAUAAAGUACCUAACACUCGCAGACGCUUUUUGUGGUAGUAUAGGCAACUCGUAUAAUAUAAUAAUGUAUACAGAGUCAUCCGUUAAUCGUAAACCAGCAAUUAAUUUUUCUCGAUCGUUAUUACUGAUUCUUUUAAAUCGUGUAUUUUUAAAUUUAAUUUUCAACUUUUUUACUAUUACAAUGACUGUACAGUAUAAGCUUUAGAUCUUUAAACGGGAACCUCUUCCCCUUUUAAACACAGAUUUGAAUAAAAAUAUUUUUCUAAAACUUAUUUUCAUAAUAUUAUAUAAUGUUGAAUGUUCCGUUUAAGCAUUUUUAGAUGACAAAUUCAUCAACUUUUCUUAAUCAUCCGGUCUAAAUUUUAUUUAUUAUAUAACUCAUAAACAGUUAAUCUUAUAUAAUAGUAUUAUUAUGCAUAGGUAUUACCACGUUUAGAUAAAUAUUCUCUUGAUUGGAAAUCAAAUGUUUACACUUGUUCAAAGUCUAAGGAGUAGUCGUAAAAAAUUGAAAAUAGUGUGAAAUGCAGCUUGAACCAUAAUGGUUUUAAAUUUAAACAUAAAUCAAAUUCACUUAAAAUCGUCCGAUAAAACUGCUGGUUCAUGAGAAAUGAAUCACCUUGCGUAUACACUACACAAUAUACAUACAAUACAAAUACAAACUCGAGUAUUGACUUGCGUUCUACAGUUAUUUUCUUGACAGAGAACUUUUAUUUUUAUUAUUAUUGUUAUAAGUGUUAUUAAUAAUAUUUUUAUUUGUUUUCCGCCGUUGACGUCAUGAUGUGUGUGUGUCUUAUCGCGAACAAUAGAUAUGACAAAUAAAAUUGUACAAGUGCGUCAACGCCGUCUGGAUUUCCAGACGCAUUAUUAAUAUUUUUCAUAAUUUAUAGGUAAUACAUUAUUAUAUACAACAAUUUCUAAUCCUACUAGCUAGACGGUUGUACACAUUUCAGUAAUAUACUCAUUACUCGUAUAUUGAUACAACUAUCAAUAUGAAUUCUCUAUAAAUGCGUUAAUGAUAAAAAUAUAUAGUGAUUAUUUUAGAUUAUGAGCGGAACGAUCAAUAUACUGGUUUUCCAAUGAUAUUUUUUUUUCAUUUUGCUUUUUUAUACUGUGUACAAAAUUUCUGCCAGAAAUCUUGCCGAUUGUAUCAAAUGUAGCACCUUUUCUGUAAUGGGAUUUUAUCUGGUUGGUACUUUAGGGAGGUCAUUUUUUGAUUUUUCAUGUAGUUUUCAUAAUCGAAUCAUAAUUUUAAAAUAUGUACAACUGAUAGGUUGGAGGAGAGUAGUAGAGGCUCGUGGCAUGUUAAUAAUGCACCAAUACUCUCCUCCAAUCUAAACUAAAGUAAGAUAUCUCGUCAAAGGCUUCACAGGAAUAAAAAAUUUCAACAUUCAAAUUUAUUUUAACUAAUACUUCCGAUCUAUUUAUGGAUAUUUUAAUGUAGGUUGUCAUUUGAAGAUCAAAACUUUGGAUGUAAUUUACCCCUAAAUAUAAGGGUGACAAAAAAUAACAUAAAUGUAAAAUUGUGGAGCUUUUUGUUUCUUAAAAGUUCUAUAAAACAAAUUCUGAAAGAAAUUAAUAUUUUUCGAGAUAAUGAGUGCACCCAUUUAAUUGGAUACAUAAUUCUAUACGCGUAACAAAAUCGAAACUGAAUACUAAACUAAAAAACUAAAAAAACUAUUUCGUAUUUUUCGAUUGUUUGUAUAAUUUUUUUUUUUGCAACACUCGAACUUUGAAAACUUUAUGAAGACAUAACGCACAGUUUUUUAAAAAUCUUUGAAUAACGAGAUAACAAUUUGUAGCGUUGACCACGUACUUAAAUCUCGUUCGUGCACGAGUUCAUGAACAGUAAUUAUAAUUUAUAAUAAUCCUUGUGGUAACAUUUUGAUUAAUCGUCAUCAGUCGUAGAUAUUACUAAGUGCAAUAAUUGCAUAAAUAACAUCGAUCAAUCUGUUAUGAGUACGUAUUUAUAACGUGUGUAUACUGCGUACCUGCAGGUCCCUCUACCUGUUUAUAUACCUAUGUCAUUAUACAAAAGAACGUCGCCGCCAAAUGGCAUGGCGAGCAGUUUAUAUAGAUAAAAAAUAUCUUAGGAACGAAGAAUAAUUAUAUUCGAAUCAAGGUCACUUUGCAGACUGCAGUAAUACAUAUUAUAAUAUUAUCAAUGCCGAUUUGGUGCCCACAACAAUAGAUCCGAGUAAUCCGACAGCCGAGUAUACGCUCGAAGAUAUCGUUGAUGACGGCGAAGAGAAUUGGCGCAGCAGCUGCACGUGAGAUGAUAAAAACACCGACUACGUUGCUUUUAUGUUAUGCGUUCGCCAAUAUGUAACUACUUCACAGCGGAGACAUCGAGACAUGAAUUUAAUUUUUAAAAAAAACAUACUAACCUUUUGCGAAAUUUUACCGGAAACGAUUCGUAUUUCGUUUGCGCGCCAAUUGAUUUUGAUCAUUUUGAUUUGUUAGAUUACAGCAGUGUGUGUAGUGAAGAAGUUAUUAGUUUUACUAAGAUGCGUCUUUUGUUUUUUGUUGCAGUUUGUUAACAAUUUUUCCUACAAAAAUGAUCGCUGAAUAGAUUCAUAUAUCAGUAUUUUCUAGACCAGUAGUGGAUCCAAGGGGGGGUGGGCUCAGGGGUAUCGUCCCACCCAGACUAUAGACUACACAAAGUUUUUACUUUCGCAAAUAAUUCAUUGUUUAACGCAUAUAAUAUAAUACGAAAUUUUUUAGAAAGAAAAGCGGAGAGGAGCAAUGAAUAUAUUGAUUGUAUUAUGAUGUAUUUUUAAUUAUUUUUUUUCUACCUGUGAACAAAUUUUCCACCAGUAAACUUAUUGCAAUCAAAAAAAAAAUGAUCAAUGGUUUACUAGGUACUUAUAGAUAUAAAUUAAAUUACUUUAUAUGUCUAACUUUCCACCUAAAACAGGGGCUGCACUCAUGUUCAUAUAUCACUUCUUUUUUUGGUUUAGUAGUAAUUGUUUUAAAGAGGCCCCCCCAAAAAUUAAACCCUGGAUCACUACUAUUCUAGACCCGAUAGUAUAUUCAAAUAUUCUGGUGACUUUUGAGCUAUUUAUAACAUACAUUUCUCCAACGUCUUGACAAAAAUACUAGAAACUUUAACAGCUGUAUGCACUUAGAUGGGUAAGGGGGGGAAUUUAAUGUUAUGUAGUUUUUUUUUAUUAGCGUUUAAAAGAAAAUUGCAAUAUUUCAAAAUGUGUUUAACCGAACAACGUGCAUCGUUUAGAAUAGUAUUUCGUUAGCAACGAUUUAUCGUCGUGCAGUAUAGAUAUAAAAUAAAUUAAAUUACUCUAUAAUGUAUCUUUUACUUUCCCAACUUAUUUUUUUUUUCAUUUCUUCACCGAGUCACCGGCAAAUAAUAACUACUCCACUUACAACACGAGUAGGUAAAGUUAUUAUAUUGUUGUUGUUAUCAUAAUAGUCUAUAUAUAAUUAAAAUAAAAACAAAAAUACCUUAAAUAGUAAUAUGUUGGUAACAUUUAUUCUCAAAGUACUAUUAAUUUGGACAUUUUCAAAUAUCUUCAAUGUUUCAUGAAAUAACCUCAUAAUAAUAAUACUCGUUUUAUUUAUAUACGUUUUUGUAGCGAUGGCUGUUUACGAAUUAGGUACCUAUUCAAUUCGAUAAUAUAAAUAAUUACCUAUACAUACUCGUAUAAUAAUUAUAAUAAUGUUUACCGCCAAAGUUUUUAAUGAUAAAACCCGCAGGACAAGAAUAUAUUGGUACAUCGGUUUUAGCCGUUAAUUGGUUGUGUAUAUUUCGGUUUUAAUGCACUUUAUAGACGUUAAAAUUGCAUUAAACUAGUACUUAAAAUAUAAUAGAAAAAAUAUAUUUGUAUAUUACAUAAAAAUAUUCAUACAACUGGUUGGUUAUAAGUUAUUUUUGGAUAUCUGAUAUACGGAUUCGUGUCUCUAGUUUCUUAUGACGUGUGUACAAUAAUAUUGUCAUCUCAUUUUUUUUUUUAUUCUUUAGAUGUCUGGAAUUAUUAUUAAUCGAAUUGACAAAUAGAUAAACGGAUAGAAAGUAGAUUUUGAUGUAGGUAGUAUAAUAUGAACAAUAUUAUGCUUUUGUCGAGUUAAGAGAACGCUGAUUAACAAAAUAAUGUAGCUAUGUUAAUUUUAGGUUUUUUUUUUUUAAAUAGCUGUAACACUUUUUGUUUAUAAGUAUUAAGAAAAUAUCUAUAUGUACAGUUUUCGAAACCAUCUUGACAUUUUAUUAUUUGUGUUUAAACUCUAAUUUCAACCUAAACCCCAAAAUUUCCGUUCAAAUAAUAUAAUAACGUAAUUUUGAUAUGUUAUUGUCUUGCCCAUUAGAUUCGUAUAGUAAAUGCAGGUACACAAGCUGUAACACGAAUAUCUGAAUCAUAGCUCUAGAAAUUAUCAGAGGAAAAAAAUCCUAAAAUAUUGAAUAGAACAAAAGUUAUUCAGGUGUCGGAUCUUCGUGUAUAUUAUCUUUUAAUAGCAUGCAAAAAAAAAAAAGGUUCGAGAUUGCAGUCGAUUAAUUAAUUAUUACGAAACACCCGCUAUAUUAUGUUUAUCCGUUCUUUCGACCUACCGGAGGGGGGUGCACUAACGGAUUUUUCUCCUUGGUGAGUAUAUAUGAAUACGUUUGAAAGGGGAGGCGGAGGGAAAGAGUAAACGAAAAAGUCGUGAGAGUGAGAAUGGUUUCUUUUUUUUUUUCUAUACUGUGUAGGUAGUUCCUAUAAAUCUUUAAGUCACGAACCCGCGUAAGUUCGAUAAUAUUAUUACGAGUGUGUACAUAACGUAUAGGUACAUAAUAACAAUAGUAAAAAGCAAUACGCCGAAAAGCAAAUACAUUUUCGCUAAGUUAAACAAUAAAGCCCACUCUUUACAUUAUAUAGCCGAAGUCGAGCAAAUGCGAACCGUUGCAAACGUGUCCUUCUCGAAUAAUAAUAAUAAUAAUAAUAAUUCGCGUAUAAAUAAUAAUUGUAUUAUUAUUAAAAAAAAAAAAAAAUGUUCGUGUUGUCUUAAUUAAAUAAGUCAGUUGCUAGUCGCGACUACUGUCUCGAUUUUUAAUUUAACUGCAAUUGUAAUAAUUAUUAUUCGACUUAUCACAAUAAUAUUAUAUGAAUAUAUGUGAUGAACUAUAAGUAUACGAUAAUUGGAGUUUAAUAAGUUUUAAUGGUACGACGACGACGGUCAGCGUUAUUAUAUAAUAUAUACGCGCUAACUUAUUUUUAUGAUGGCGAAUUUUUUAAGCAUACAAAUGUACAAUAUUAUUUAUCUCUGACGGUGGGAAGUGGAAUUUAUAUACUCACGUGAUUAUAUUGCUGCGCACUUCGUUUAAAAUAUCAAUUUUAGGUAUUAGCCAUUAAGAUGAGUAUAUGAGGAUGAUGCUUAAAAUACGAUUUUUUCUCUAGCAUUUUAUAAAAGUACGAGCGGUGUUUAAAACUCAAUUUUGAAAUAUAUUUUCGGGUGGUUUGUCAAUUUGUUCUGCGUGAUGUUUAAGAUCAUCGGGAAAAAAUCAAUUUCAAUUCGUUAAGUUUUAAAGAUCACCGAGAAAAAUAUAAACCUAACAAACUUAGGUGUUCAAUUUUAUAUUUUAGAUUCUCAGUGUAGUGAAGAAUGUAUUGGUUUUUCAAAAAUGUUUAUUUUUUCUUUUUUUAAAUACUGUGCACAAAAUUUCUACCAGAAAGUCUACUCCGAUGUAUACGAUAUAGACUCUUUUCUGAAAAGAAAUUUUCUUGGGGUGUUACUUUAGGGAGGUAAUUUUUCGAUUUUUUCAUCAAAUAUGAAAAACCGAAAAAAAAUAGAAAAAAACGGGAAAAUGAACUAAAUAUAUUAGUAAAAUAUUACGAUUUUUUUUUCCUGUGGACAACUUAUCUACUAGCUCCGAUUUACAAUGAUAGCACUUUUUCUGAAAGGAAAUGUGACUGGGAAGGUACUUUAAGGAGGUCGUUUUUUGAUUUUCUUAGGAGUUUUCCCAAUAAAUGGGAAAAGUCAAGAAAAAACGGAGUGAAAAUGGGGAAAUAAGUAUAAUAUUUAACAAAUAUUAUUGAAGAAAAUACCUAUAUAAUGUAUAUUUAAUUAUUUAAUAUUUUACAAUAAUAUGACAUAUAUAUUUUUAACAAAGCAUCACUACCAUCAAUUGAACUCCGCUUAGAAUCGUUAUUUAGGAAGCAAUGGUUUAUCGUUGCUCACAGAUAUACAUUGAAUUCCCCUCUGUAUCCUAUCUUUCCAACUUCUUACCUACAACAGUGACUUCACCCACGUGCUAAGUAUGUUCGUCUUUUUUUUUUUUAAUUUAGUUUUCAUUAAACAUUUCAAUAUUUCUAAUUGUUCCCUACGUUCUGUAAUCUAACGGCUCACCCGCGGUGCGAAAUAUCUAUACGUCUGGCUACUUAUUAUUCUAUAUAGUUAACGUUUUAUCCACGAGGUGAUUGUAUUUUAUCAUUAUUAAAUACGCUAUAGGUACACAAUGAUAAUAAUUAUCUAAUAAAUAGAAUAUAUUAUAACGGGAUCGCGCGUCUCACUGACACACAUGCUUAUUUUGUAUGCAUUUUUAUCGCGUACGUAGAAAACUUUACUGUCUUUAGAAAAUAAUAUUAUCUCUUAAAACCGAAUACGUGACCCAAAGUAAUUGUCUACUGUCCGAGAUUUAAUAAUAAUACAAAAUAUAAUAUUAGCUACCGGGUAUUUUGUGGUCGUUUGUACGUCAUUUCUUUUUCGUUCAAAUUUUCUUAAUGAUAAUAUAUUUAUACGAACGUAAUAUGUAUCAAACUUGUACAAUAUAUACAAUGUGACGAUUUCCCAUAUUUUCUAAAAUCUUCUUUAUGUUAUUAAUGCAGCCAGCCUCUUCAAUUUUCUGUAUUUUGUUAAUCCCGCAUUAAAAUCAUUAUUUUGGUAUAUAAUGUUCGUCCUUGGUUCUUUUGCCAUUUUUAUCUUCUCUUUUAUUUUAAUAUUAUGUAAAUACUCAUUUUUGUUUCUCUAAGCAUGUCCAAUCAUAUUCCAAUUUCUAACUUUAACCGUUCUGGUUAAUCUUUCUGGUUUCAUUUACUUCGCUUAGAAUACUGUUAUUUGUUAUUCGUUCGAUUGAACUAACUCGCAAUCUUCUUUUCAUUAUUGCCAUAAUACUCCAACCUUUGUAGUAAACAUUGUAAUGUAUUAAAAACUUUCAACUUUUGAUUUUCAACUAUAUAGCGAUUUAUAUUAUUGAAAGUUCGCGUUUAAAUAGAUAAUUCUACUCUUUAACGUUUUGAUGUGAAUUCAACAUCUAUAUAUUAUGAUUUAUGAAAGAAAAACCAUAUUUAUUCGAAAUUUUCUUACGAAUCACUAAUUCAUAAUAAUAAUACCCUGUAUAUUGUGUUAAUUGUUUUUCAUUCAUUCUUUUCGAAUAAUGUGAAAUCGUUAGUUGUAUAAAUAUAUAUAACAAAACCUGAUACUGCAUAAAAUGUAUUAUAAAUUUACAUUUUUAUAUGUAACGUAUUAUUAUUUAUGGUAACAUAGGUUCACGUAUUCUUUUUUUUAAAUUUGUUUUAUAUAUUACUAUAUAAUAUAAUAAGAAAAUAAAUUAUUCUACUUAUAAUAAUCAUUGUAUUACCGUUACGUUCAAAUAUUACCUAAGUGAGUUCUCGACCAGGUAAUAAGUAGUUCAGUCAGUGGUAUAUCAUGCAUGUUUACGCUCCUGGGCAAAAAUUGCCCCCCCCCAUUUAUACACAUAGGUACACACCCAUUAUAUUUUUUCAUCCUCAACCUUGUUUCAUCUUUCCUCUGAAAAUUUCCAACUAAAAUCAUUUAAUUUUUACCACCUGGGGCAAAUGUUCCUUUUGACUCCCUCCUCUUUAUACACCACUUAGUUCAGUAGCUGAUAUUUAUUAUAACUCGUUCAUUCAUCAACAUUUUUGUUGUUUAUUAUAAGACUUUGGUUUAAAACUUCAAUUAUGUUAUUCAAAUUUCGUUCUGAUAAAUUAUUUGGACAAAUGAAUUUAAAAUAUAUUGUUAAACACACUGCGAUAUGUCUAUAAUAUUUUAUGAUAAUAUUCGGUAGAUAUCUAAAUAAUACAUAUUAUAACUAGUAAGGCCAUACGAAUAUGUACUUCACGCAUACAAACAUUGACCCCCCCUGCAGAGGAUCAAUCUACAUAUAAAUAUAAAAAAGUAAAAACAAAUUAAACAACAAACAUAAUAUAAAAAAGGACGGAUAUACUUCGCACGUGGGUGCAGCCACUUUUGUAGGUGGGAAGUUUGUAAGGUAAGAUACAGACGGAAAUUUAAUGUAUAUCUGUAAGCAACGAUAAACCAUUACUUCCGAAAAAGCGAUUCUGAGUGGAGUUCAGUUAAUAGUGUUGCUUUGUCAACAAUAUCAAUAAUACCAUAAUAUAUCAUAUUAUGGUAUAAUGAAUACAACAAUGUGCAUUUUCAUGACAAAUGAUUGUUUUAAAAUGGUUGAAGUAAUAAAAACUUAAUAAUAACAAAAAAUAAAUAAACGGUUGCCAAUGACAUCUUUAUUUUUAAUCUUUCACUCUUUUUCAACCUAAAGAACCAGGUUAUCGUCACUAGAAUAUUAAUUUCAAAAAUUAAUGAGAAUUAAAAAAAACAAAUGGCCUUUUUAAAAUACCUUCCAGAGAAUAUUUCCUUUCGGAAAAUGUACUAUACUUGAGAAUCAGACUAUGCUUUCUGGUAGAAAAAGUAUUCACAUAAAAAAAAAACCAAUACAUUCCUCGCUCCACUCAGAAUCUAAAAUAUCAAAGUUAUGUCUCCUAGCAACGAAUUUUCACCGAAUUUAAUUAUUUUCAUGACCGAAAACCAGCCUAUAAAACAGCGUGAAAAGCAAAUAUACAAUUUUCAAUAGUGAAUAUUAAUGAUUUAUCCAGAAGCAUGAAACUUAAUCUUUAAAACGAUAUCUCACUUAUCUGCUUUGGGUAAUAAGUAUGAAGGGAAAAAAAUUGUUUUUUCCAAAAAUAUAUAUUUGAGAAUGAAAAGUGAUUUGUUUAAUGAAAAUGUAAUUAAAAAAUAAAAAGAGAUGAGACUACUGACAAAUGACGGGUGUACCAGAGUUGCAGGUGAGAAGUUAUGAAUGUAGGAUUCAUAAAGCUUACCCAAAACAAUUUUAUCCACUUAAAAUUAAAUAUAUACUAAAAAAAAAAAAAAACUAGAAAAAGUAAAAUAUUUAAAAUAGUUUAAAAAUUUCCUGAAUAUUUUUAAAAUGUUACCAUGUUUACAAGUCCACAUUUAGAAAAUAAUCGUACGAUUAUUUGCGAAAAAAUAAAUCAAAUCAAAAAUAAUGAAUAGUUUUCGAAUUUCCGUUUUUCCUAAACAUUUUUACCAGGUUUUUCCCGCAAUAUAAUUAAUGAAAAUCAAAUAAAAACAAAAAUUCUUUCAUACUGUUGUUUGAUUGGAUCGAGUUUUCUGGUAAAAAAAUUGAUCGCAGACAGAAUAUACCUAUUCCUCGGUACGCUCAGAAUCUAAAAUAAUAAUUUAAACCGAUGAAGGUGUUUUAAGUAUAAAAAAUCCUCUUCUUUAUAAUGACAUAAUAAAUAUAACGAUUAUUCAUAAAAUUUACUUAGCCUUGUAUUAUUACAAUAUGGGUACUUGCGGUAGACAGUAAAAUAUAAUAACGAUUAUAACCUGCACCUUAUUAAGCAAUACAGAAAGAGUUCUGUGUUGCACACUGCAGUGUAUGUCGAUUUUUUAUUUUUAUUACAUCCAUAACGAAACACGACUACUAUACUAUAAUAGGCACGGCCGAUGAACUAUUAUACAUUAUUAUUUAGGUUUUAUUAUUUCCGAUUUUUGUCCGGUGCGUUAUAAUAGUUCGAAAACAAAAAAAAGCCGAUACUGCUGAUGUGUUUGAGUCACUGUACAAUUUCAGGUUGGAAUUUGAGAGGGUAGGAUAAUUUAAUUUGAUACGAUGUACGCAAUGAUAAAUCUUUGUCAAUAAAAAUGAUUUUGUUCUCAUAAAACAAAAUGAAGACUAAAAAAAAAACUAGAACAUUUCAAAUGCACGUAAAUAAUUCAUAAAUCGUUUGAAUGUUUUGAACAUUUUACCAUGUUUUAAUGCGAUUAUCAUGUAAAAAAACACAAGCCUUUUCAAUCAUCUUUAACCAAAUGAUUAAAAAAAAAAAAAAACAAAUCGAAAUCGAAACUAAAAGAAAUCGUUAUUGCGUACAAAUCUCUGAUAUUUCCAAUUAUCAAGGAAUACCAAACAAUUAUAUUUCCGUUCGAUAUGUACGAAAAAAACGCACAACUGUUCAAUCAGAAAGACCGCGAAGAUGAUGAAUGAUAUUAUUAUUAUAAUUAUUAUUAUUAUUAUUAUUAUUAUUAUUACUAUUAUUAUUAUUAUUACUAUUAUAUUAUACGCGUAUGAAUAUUGUAAAAUGAAAAUAUAAACAAGUUUGUUUAAGAGAUAAAUCACCGAUGAUGACGAUUACGACGGUAUAUAUUGGAAAACCUACGCUUUUUUAAAACCGAAACGCGAUUUAAUCUAUAUAGGUAGGUAAAUAAUACAUAUUUACAUAUUAUAUUCACCUAUAGUAUAUAUUUAAUACAAUGUGUGUCCGGGACGUAUAUUUAAAUUAAAAAUGUUUGGAAUAUUAUUACAAUGUCGUACUAUAUGCACGCAAGACAGCUGAGGGUUAAAUUGCCGCGCAAACGCACACCGAAUAUUUCACAACAUCAUAACGAAAAAUAAUGAUAAUUAAUCUUUGGACGCGAUCGAUUAUUCGUCUGGAAUGUAUUCAAAUUCAAAUACGACCACGUGUUUUUUGUUUGAUUUUAUUUCGUAAACAUAAUCUGCGGAAAGGUCGGAAUAGUUUCGGAUCCCGAGCGUGGCUACGAUCAAUGAACCUAUCUAUGUCGGUGUUUUGAAAGAAUAUAAUAUAAUGUUUUUUGUUUUUUAGUCGGUCUGCAGUAUAAACGACUUUUCCACCAGAAAUAUCGUUCAGAUUAGUUGAUUUACGAUACAAAAUUGUAUGUGGUUGGUGUAUUGAAUGUUGGACGUUGGUCAUUUGAUUUUCCUCGUAGUUUUUUUUAGUAAUCGGGAAAAACCUAGAAUAUUUACGCAAUAACGUCGAUAAUUGUCAAUUUAGGUUUUUUUUUGUUGUUGUAAAUUGGAUGGAAAUACUCACAGACUUGCUAUUAGCUUUCAAAGUUCAAAUUUCAAUGAAACCAAAAAAUAUCUCGGAAUUUCGUGUAUUAAUUAUCUUAUGCAAAAAUUGUCAAUAGAUUCUGAGCAGAGCUACACUGUGUUUUAGUUGUUUUAAAAUUUAUUGACUAGAAAAUAUAUUACUAAUGCUGUCUUACUCCAAUCGAAAACUUCAGGAGCUUUCUUCCAAUGUUUUGGAUUUAUUUGAUAUUUUGAAAGUGUUCGGUAUAUUUUUUUUUUUUUUUUUUUUGAUUUGUAAUUUAUAAUAAAUACAUUAUUUUAGCCCCGUAAAAUAAUCAAAAAUAAAUACUAUUAAGUUCUUAACUGUUUGGAGUGAAAAUAAUUGUCGCAAUUUCUUUUUUUUUUUUUUAAAUGUUUUAAGAUAUUAUAUUUUCAAUUCAAUUGAAAUAAUAUUCUCCCAAUGAGCUUACUCAAAUUAGUAUUUUUUUUUUUUUUUUUUUUUUUUUAAUGAUUUGUCAUCGUUACAUUCAGAACUUAAGCUGAAUUGCAGAUAUAAAUAUCAGUUUUUUUUUUUAUACCUAUAAUCGUUAAAUCGUAAAUAUCGUUUACAGAAUAAUUUUUCUUUUUCGCCGGGGUAUGGAAUUCGAGUUUUAAAGAACUAUCGAGCAUAUUAUUUUACAUCAUAUUAUUAUAUGUACACUAAAAAUCGUAAUUAUUAUUAUUAUUUAUUAGCUAUACCGUCGUAAUAUUUUCAUUUUGGAAUUUAUAUGUUUUUUUUUCGUAAAUACGCCACCCCCACCCCUUGUAAAAGCAGCCUUCGAAUCAGAAUAUAAAACACAUAAAAAAAACAAAAUUGGCAGGUGCCAAUGGGAUAUUAUGCAACUUAACCCGUGGAGGGUUUCGUCUCUCACACUUCUCUUACACCGGUUUUCAAACAUAAUUCAAUAACUUUUAAUUUAUGAAAAAAAAGGUUCUAAUAAUAGCAUUAUAUGAAUCUGAGUUUUACUUAAUUACUAAGUUUUUUGAGCGUAGCUGAGAAUUUAUUGGUUUUACUGAACAUAAUAAUAUAUUAUUAUGUGUUUUUUUUCUUUUUUUUGUCUGAUCUGUAAACUUUUCUACUAGACUUCCCACUCCGAUCAUUAAUUUAAAAAGUGGUUUAUGACAAAAUAUUUUAUCUAGUUGAUGCAAUGAGGAAGUCAUUUUUUUAUUUUUCUUGUAGUUUUUUUAAUAAAGGAGAAAACCGAUAAAAAAAAAGUGGGAAAAACUCAAAUAUUUAUAGUUUUAUAAUUCAGUGAAAAAUAAUCGUAAAGGCCAGAAAUUGCAUCAAAUACAUACACGUUAUACUUUCUAUUAGGCCCUUCCGAACAUGGUAAAAUCGUUUAAAUAUUCUGGAAAUUUGUAUGCUCUCUAUAGCUGUUUAAAAUUGUUGCGUUUUUUAGAUUUUAAUAAUGUUUUUAUUUGGUUUUUUGUGCUUAAAAUUGAUUCAGCGAUAAUCUUCGAAAAUUUUACUCACGGUGUAUUUAUUAUGAGUUUUAAUUAGAGAUAAAACAAAAAAAGCUAACCGCAAAUAGGUAAUCAUUUUUUUAUUAAGCAAUUUUUAGUUCAAAUUUUAAUAAAAUUUCAAAAAUAUGUAUUCCUCCUCAAGUCGAGCACUGCGUAGAAAUAUCGGAGAACACUUGUAUAUAUAUAUAUAUAUAUUAUAAUUAAAGAUAUCAUGUAUAGUCCCAUAAAAGUCGAAAAAUACUCUGAACAAAAAUAAUAUAUUCAAAAAAUGACUUUAAAAUCAAAAAUUGAAAAAUGUAUAAUAAACGUUUUUUUUUGCGAAUGUUUUACUUAUCUCAUACCCGUAAUAUUGUCGUCGCCAGCUAUUAUAUUAUAAUAUAAUAUAGUCGUUAUUUUAUUGAAUAUUAUGAUGAAAUGGUCGAUUUCUUUCCAUAAUGCCAUCUUGCCAUAAUGAUACUUAAAUACACUUAUAAUACAGUGAUCUCAGGGGUGUGGUUUUAGUUCUCCAUUGUCCUUUUUAAUGGAUACAUGAUAUACGGAUUUUUGAUAAAAACGUUGACAAACGGUUUUUUGUUUACAAUACUCAACCACUGAACUCUAUAUGUAGGUAUAUACUGUUAGUAUAUCUGUUUUAAAAGCAUUAUUGAUUUAAAAUGUAUUUUUUUUUAUUCUAACUAUAAUAUAUUCUAUUUAGUGGCUAUAGCGAGCAAAUAAGACAUAUGAAUAUGCAUACUUAUUUUCUUCUUCAUUUACACGAUCGGAGAAGUUACACAGCAGUGAUACAGAUAUAAUUGCUGCAAUAACGAUAGCAUAACCCAUCUAGUGGCGCCCAUCUAUACACCUACCCUGUUGUUUUUAAUGUUAUAAUACGUUUAAAUGUUAAAAUAUUCGAACACUUAUCCACUAAUCCAAAUCCCAAUCUACUCACCGCCCUCCAAAAAAAAAAAAAAAUUGCUGGGAGAUUUAUCACAAUGAGACUACAAAAUUGGCGUCACCGAAACUAUAGUUUUAUUUUUAUUUUGUCUUUAUAUUUAUAUUACAGAAUACGCGUAGUUUUGAAAUGGAUUUUUCGAUUUCACUCGUUAAUCACAGAUUUUACGAGUUUUUCAAACGCCUCCUGUAUUUUUGUUGUUGCAAACACAAUGUCCGAUAAAUUUUUAUGUACGGUCACGGGCAUAUUCGAAUAUAAAAAAAAUAAUAAUACAUAUAGACAACAAUAUAUAACUAGCUGUUAUACGCUUAUAUACGGGCGUUUGGAAAGAGAUUUGACGACGGUGUUGGAGGAGGAGAGCGAGAGCUCAGAGGAGAGGCAAAAAACCUCGUCUGUUUGAUGUGACUGCGUGCAAGCAGCUAUAGGUAUAUAGCAGUCGUCCACCUACGAAAAUGUGUAAAACACAAUAAAAAUACUCGUUAUAUUACAUUAUUAUUAUCACGAGACGAUAAUUAUUAUUAUAAUUUUCGUACAUAAUAGGUACUUACGUCUGGAUGGGUGGGGAAGAGGACCUCUACCGAUACAUAAUAUUAUUAUAGUAAUAUUUUAUUGUAAUUUUUACAUAUUAUUACGUUUUCCGUUUCUAUCCCCGGCGGACCGACGGCCGCCCACCGUCGUCAUACUCCGUCGUUCGGAAAUAAAUUUCGAAAAAAAAUGUGUUUAAACAAUUUUUUUUUUUUCUUAAGUAGAGCUUUUGACAAAUAUACCACGUAUUAUAAUAUAUCAUUGUUAUGGUCAAUUAACGCGUCGUUAAACUGUCGGAUUAUUGUAUUAUAUAUAGUGGCUAAUAGCAAUAGUAUAAUAAUAACUGCAAUCGUGUGGUAGAGCAAUCGUGUUUUACACCUACUUGUUCACGUGUAUACCCUCCGCUGAAGUCACACAUAGCUAGGGAACAAUUUCCAUGGGAGAGGUGGGGGCAAAACAUUAACAUAUCUCAUUAUUGAUAAUAUAAUAAUAAGAUUGUGAAACAACAUAAAAAUGUCCAAUCCAAAGUAAGUACAAACCUAUUCUAAUAUGAAAAAAAUAAUGGCAUUAUUAGAUUCAGAGCGUAACUAGGGAUUUUACUGUGGUAUUUUUUUUUUCUGUUCAUAAAAAACUUUUCGAAAAGAGUAGAAAAUAAUUAUGUGUAGCAUUUUUUUUUUUUUUAAAGGAAAUUUUGUCUAGUUAGUGCAUUAAAUAGGUCAUUUUUUCAAACCUAAAAGAAAAUUAUGGGAAAAACGACAAAUAUUUAAGACGCGCCGUGACGUUACCUUUUUUAUUUUUGCAACUUAUGUUUUCUGCCAAAAAUAUUGCUCUGAUCAAAAAACGACAUGUGGAACCUCUUUUGUUGAAUUUUUAAUCUGGUUUAUGAGUAAGAAAGUUGUUUAAUAAUUUCCUUUGUAGUUUUUUUAAUAGUUGUGCAAAACCGAAAAAUAUGUUGAAAGCACGGGAAUAUGUACGAAAAUUAUUAUUUUAUUAUUUUCAAUUUUGUUUUUUAAUAUAAUCCAGUUAAAAGUAUUCGUAGAGAGUUAAAAUUUUGACAGAAAAAUUAUAUUUGUUUUUUGUAGAUGUGGUAAAAUUUUCAAACGUUUGAGCUACUUAUAAAUAUUUUAAUUUUGUGAGUUUUUCACGUAAUGUCUAUAUGUAGUAGGUACUUUGUGGAUAUAAUUUUUAGACACAACAGAAAUGCUUGAAAUUUUUUUUGGAGUUUUGAACUCAAAAUUUGAUAAAAAUCUUUAAUAUUACGGCCUUACAAAAUAUGUAUAGCCAAACUUUGCUGCGAAUCGUUUCUCGUUAGCAAUGUUUUAUCGUUGAUUACAGGUAUAAAUUAAAUAACAUUAUGUGUUCCACCUUCCAAACUACUCACCUACAACAAUAGCUGUACCCGUCCCCAGUACAGUUCUUUUUUUUUUAUCAUACGUCUAUUAUACACGUUCAGACAACAUUAUAUCAACUAUAAUUUUUAAUUAAAAGUUUUACGAAUAAUUGUUUUCGUUUUUGCUAUCAGUGUUUUGGUUUAUUAUUGGCACCGUCUGAACGUGGUGAAUGUUCACCAAAACGCAGUUCACAUAAUUUAUGUAUUUAUAAACUUCCUCACUGCAAUUAUUCAAAUUGUAAACAAAAAAUAAAAAAAAUUAACUUCCGAAUUAUCUAAAUUAUCCAUUAGAUUAAUUAAACUAUAAUAUAUUAGCAAUAUACAUUUUGCUCCUUUUACUCGAUUACAUAUUAUGAAUUAAUUAUAUAAUGUGUGUAAUCAAGCAAAAUGUAUGGAUCGAUUUUUAAAAAUACCAAAACUGAAACUGUAAAUUUCAUGAAAUUAUUUAAUUUGUAUGUAAACAACAAUAAAUUUCUGACGAAAUAUAAUUCUGAGUGAAGUUCGGUUAAAUAUUUUUUUUAAAUGCUGUAAUUUGUACGGUUUUCUUUCAAAUUUGAAUUUAUUUUUUGUUUGGAGUAAGAUUGAUGGUGGCGAAUUUUUUCACAAUUAGAAAAAAAAAUACAUCAUAUAGUUUAUAAUACAAUCAAUACAUUUAUUGCUCUACUCCACUUUUCUUCUUUAAAAAUCUUGUAUUAUAUAUGCACUAAAGAAUUAAUUAUUUAUGGAAGUAAAAAAUUGUAUAGUAUAUAGUCUAUAGUCUAGGGGUGGUGCCCCUGGCCUUCUUCUAGAUCCACCACACCCUGCUAUAGUUACUAAUUUUUAUUUUAUUUGUUAAUUGUGUAAAUUUAUUUUGCAAUUUGAUAUUUCAUAUGGUUAUUAUUGUAAUUUAUUUAUUUACUAGGUGAAAUCAAUUAGUUAACAAACAUAGAUAUCAUAGAGUGGCCAUAGAACGAAAAAAUGCAAUUUUAAAAUAUUAAUACUAAUUUUUCACUCCAUAAUGUAUUUAUGGUUUUAUUUCGAAUUUUUUUCUAUAACCAUAUAGAUAGGUUAAAUCGUAUAUAUCAAUAGAAAAAAGUUCUCAAUAUGGUCAUUGGGGGCGACUCCGCCUUUGUCAGAAAAUUCGCCUAACUUGCCCAGACUUAACUAUAAGUCUAAUGACUUUUCAAUUUCCUGAUCUGCGUUGCGUAUUGAAUUUUAUGUUUUUACGGAAACUUUCACUUUGCUGUAAACGGUUAUAUUUUUGGUAACAAUUACAUCAUAAAUACCAUGCAUCUUUACAUACGCACGUCGAAGCUAAAGAUAUCGGUAUCGGUAGAUACUGUAGCUUACGAUAAAGAACAAUAGAAAUAAAAUUAAUUAUAAUUGGACAAGUGGAAUUCAAUACAUUGGUUAUCACCAAAUAACCGAAUUUUGUCAUCAACCGUGGCCUAAUUGUUUCGAAUAACCGAUGUGUUGUUUCAAUAAUCCGAUUGAUUUUCAGUGUUUUAAUAUACGAUUGGUUCGUCCCAAUACAUUUUGUUUCAAUAAUGCGAUUGUAUCAAUUAUCCGUGUAACUAAUAAGCGGCUUCUACUGUAUAUGUAUUAUAAUACAGAAGACAGUCGUGAUUUAUUAAACCAGAUUCGAGUAGGAAUAAUAUACAGGUCGUUAAAACAUAAUAAUAUAUUUGUGCAAUGUGUGUAUGUGUGUAAUGGUUUUUAUGCAUUUUAAAUACGAAAUUUAACGGCCACCCCUCGCGGGUGCGGUUUAAUAAAACGUUAUUCUCUCAGUUGAUUAUUAUACAUAUUUAUAUACGCGAAAUAAUAUGAAUGUUGCAGUUAUAUACUCUUGCUGAUUCAUGGCACCGUAUAUAGUAAGCUUUUCGUUUAUUAUUACCCAUAUUAUAUCAAAAAUAAAAAAUGCAGUCUGCGGCCGUUGCCGGGUUUUUACGAGUAUUUCGACAUUUCAUUUCGUUAUUUUUAGCGCGAUAACUCAUACGUAAUACAUUGUUAUGUUAUUAUUUAUUUAAGGUUCAAAUCGUUUACGAUAAAUUUGCAUAAUGAUAUUCUCAAGUAUUAUAAACCUCGUAAAAAAUUCUGUAUAAAAUACAAACCAUAGACGGCCGCUGAAUAAACGCGUUAAAAAUUAUUACCGAACGUGUUAACCAAACCUAUCCUAACCUAACCUUGAAAAACGUACGAAUAAUAUUAAUUCUCGUGAUGAACCUUUAACACGUAAAUAUUAUAACUAGUAUUCGGAUUUGAUGGCACCAUAAUCAAUACAAAUAGCAUUUAAAAUGUGAAAGAAGGCAAAAAAAAAAAUAUAUUUAUGAUUUAUACAAAAGAGCAAAUACAAAAUUUAAUAAAAAAAUUAAAUAGAUUUCAGUUGAUUUAACUAAUUUGUACUAAAAAAAAAGAAUUCACUACCAUGUGCAUUGUGUAUUGUACUUAAAUAAAUUGUAUUUAGGUCUUAGAUAAACUGUCUUCAGUAGAACGUUGAUGGUUUGGGCUUAAAAUAUGUCUGUACAUUGUUCUUUCUACGUCCACUGAAAUUAUUGGGACGUGCCUAUUUCGGACGUACCUAUUUCAUACGUAAAUAAUUAUUUGAAUUAUGAUUACAAAUUAUUAAAUCGUGAUCAUUUGUUGUAUCUCCAAUUAAUACCCGGUUGAUUUUUUUGAUGUUUUCCCAUCUUUUGUUCUUCGACAUUAUUUUGUUGAAUUAAUGUACAUUUUUAUAAAUAUAAAAGGCAAAAAAAAAUACACCCAUUAUCUUCGGUAUUAAAUGAAAUAUACGUGAAGAUUUAUUGGCGGAAGACGCAGACUAAUUUGUUCGAUUGUUUUAGAUUGGGCAGUGGAGAUCGACCGGAAUACCGGUGCUCCGAACAAAGACUACAGAAACUUUCCUGUAGAAUCGUUGAUCUUAUUGAGAUCAUUUUUCUUCUUGCUAAGUUCGUGUAUUUUUUUCUAUAAAUGGAGAGAACUUUCCCGGAAAAAAAACUGAAAUAUAUUUACAAAACGCCGCCGUUUUUAUCGAAAUAAAUGUGUUUUUUUUUUUGUAAUCCAGUAAUAAAUAAACGUAUAGAAACGUGAAAUGUUCACCGAAUAUUUACUUUAGUAUAUACGCAUAAGCGUUUGAUACGCGUAACGCGUGGUAUAAUUUCAAAAAUACCUUUUUUUUAAAAAAAAAUAUUUCCCUAACUAAGAGCUGAUAGUACUAUAUAAAUAUAGAUAUUUUAUACCGUAUUUAUCGGGAUAAUUUUUAUCUGUAUGGAUACAAGUUUCGUUUACUGCAGGAUGACUAACACGUGCACCAGACGCACCAGACACGAUUAUAAUAAUACGCGUAUAUUAUAUAAUUUGCAAUCGUUCGUUUCCGUAUUACGUCUACGAGUAUAAAUAUUAAAAAAAAAAAACGAUUCGAAAUUAUCGUACACACGCGUAUAAAAAAUUAACGUAGGUCGGUAUUUAUUUUUUUUUAUAAUUUUUUUUUUACAAUUAUAUUUUAUUAAUAAUUUAUUAUUCGAUCGAAAGCAAUUUAUUUGAUUGUUAUGAUAGAAUUUAAGACCCAUUUUACUAAGUAAUAAUAUCGUGUUUCAAUAUAAUAAAUUUCCGUCGUGUCCGGUGUUUGCUCAUACCUAUAUUAUUUUAUGAUGUUAAACGUUUUGCCCGUCGCGUCGAGUGGUUUUCGUUAAAAAAUUACAUGUCGACUUGUAAUGGGAGGGAGGGGGGUUGAGGGAAAAUAUUUCCGAAACGAAAACAUGUUUGACGGCAAUAAAUUUAUUUAUUAUUAUUGUAGUAGUAUACAGUUCGGAUUCGACGAGGCAUACACCUAAAUAAUGCGUUCAAAACGAUUUUCUACAUGUUAAAUGUUUCCCGUAUUUAUUUACUUAUCGUUCGCUCGUACACGUUAAACGUCUAUAAAAUACUGUAAUUAUUUUCGUGGACAAAUCCGAAUUUGUGUCGUGGGCGCAAUAGCAGGAUGUAUAAUAGGGUGUUCAAUUAUGGCCAUCUUACUAAAUUUUUUUUAUCAAUAUUCUAUUUAAUAUUUUAAUCUAUCUACGGUUUAUGAAAAAAUUAUACCGUAAUUACAUUAAUUAAUUAUAUGAGUGGAGACCGGAUUUAUAUUCUCUAACAAUCCACAACAAAUUAUUGACUCAAAAUAAUUUUUUCAAAUAAAAUUGUUCGUAUUAUGAAAAAAAAUCCCUUUUACUAAUCAUUUUUGUCGUAUUGGAACAUAUUUUUAUUUCUCAAGUAAAAUUCGUUAUAAGAGGAUUAUUAAACCCCUUUAUUAUUUUUGCUUUUUUAAAUAUUUUUUUUUGUGAAUUUUUAGAACAUAUAUAAAAUCCGGUCUCUAAUUAUGAGUUUACUAUACAUAUUUAGUUUGAAUGUCAAAGUACAAUAUUAUGGAAUAGACAAUUCAUAUUAAUACGUGAUUUUAAAAUUUCACUUUCCCUGUCUAUGCUUUUGUAAUAAAUAAUAAUAAUUGAUAAGUCGCCCAGUAAGUUAAUCAAUUUAGAUGAAUAUGUCAAUAACCGCAAGGCUUAUCAAAUUACAAAAUGACACUAAUUAUGAAUAAAAUCAAAAUUAUAUUAGCCAUAGCAAGAAUACAGCAGAUGUAUAUAUUAUGUAUAUAUUUUUUUUUAGAUUUGGAGCGUGGGAAUGGAUCUAUUGGUUUUACUAUGAUCCAGCUCGAUUGUUUACUAAUUUCGAGUAAAAUUAAUUUUGAGUUUUUUUUUCAGUCUUAUUAUCAGUCAUAUCUAGUUAAAUAAGAUUUUAAAACUUUUGUGCUUAUUUUGUUAAAACGCACGUGUAUCAUCUUUUGAAUUUCAAACAACAACUCCCUCUUUUCAAACCGUCAGUAUAAAAAGAGAAUAUUUUUUCCGGAAACUUCGAUAUGCACCAUACGCUAAUAUGCGAUUUAUCAUUUUGCGAGCUAUAAUAGUUUGUGUAUUUCAGACUCGUAAGAGUAGAGAAUACGGUUUAUCGUUUGAAUUUGGAUAUGUAAUUUAUUACUUUAUUCCUAAUAAGAAAUCCAUAUACUCCCCCGGUCUAAAUUUCUAACAGCUGUGAAUUGAAUGCAUAAAAUAGCCUUUAGAAAAAGCAAGUGCAAGUUUAAAAAAAAGAACUCUUGAGUACCAUAAUAUGUAUGAUAUAUUACAUUAACGAUAAGGGGGUUCAUUUCGGGAGUUUCAGUUUUGACAUCAGUCCCACCAUUUCAAUGUUUAAUCACUAUUCGUUAGGAAUUAGUGUACAUGUGUAAUACAUAGUAUAUAAUAUUGUAAUAGUUGAGUAUUUGGUUUCUAACCUAACGUUUCACAGAAUAUUUUUAUAUUUGCAUAAUACCAUACCACACUGAAGACACAAUGUUAUCAAAAAGUCUAAUAUAAACUAUAUCUUUAUUUACUAUAUUCUAUUGUACCCUUUAUACUAUACUUAAAAUUUACGUAAAUAUGAAAAUAAUUAAAUCUGGACCUUGGGUCUGCGUAGAAAGGCCUAACAUAGUUUUCUGUAUUACCUCAUGGCUUUAAAGGUUUAAAUCGGAUUGUAAAGAUUUGAAAUGACAUAAAUAUUAUUGUUUUCGAAAUUAGUCUGUUCGCUUCUUAUAAUUUUAGUAAUCGAAAUACCGCCCUUCUAUCACAAGAAAAUAAACAUGAGGUGUAUGAAUCCUUAAGGACUUCCGCCAAAGUUUUGCACCUUCUCUUCCUCUUCCUCCUCCUCCACCAGUAACAUUUUAGUAUAUGAUUAUAAUAAUAUUCGUAUAUACUUGGGUAUUCUUUAUUUUUUUAUAUCAUGCAUUUUUGCUGUUUAAGAUGCACCGCCGUUCGAGAUGAUGGUAUAGGUACAAUGUUGUAGAUGUUUUUUUUUUCUUCUUGUCGUGUCAAUUUGAACUAAAAACCCGCCUGUGCCGAAGUCGCCGGUCUUUCUGCUGUUGUAUAGGUACCGGCGGCGAGUAUAUGUACGCUAAAAAAUUAUUACUGUUUCUGUGUUUUUUUUUUUUUUUUUUAUCAUCAUUAUCCGUCUCCUACAUGAUUUACCGUGUGACCGUUCAGGUCCGGUGUUCGAGAUUAAUAGCGCACGAUAAAAUGACUAAACCAGUAAAAUGUUACCGACACGCUGUAGAUAAGUAUUUAUCUAUAGUACCUACAGUGUGCAUAUACUGAGGAAUUUAUUACAUAGGAAACGGCGGUACCGGCGGAUUUCACGCGACAAAAUCCCCGGUGAAUUUUUAAUAUUGAAAAUAUUAAAAUAAAAAUCCGAAAUGAUAAUACUGUGUUGAACUAGUGUGCUGAAAAUCGAAAAAGAUACGGCCACACGUCACGGCCCACAAAACUGUCAAGCCGUUUACGUUAUCAGUAUGUUUGGACGAAAACGAUUUUGUAACUCGAUUUGAUAUUUUCGGUUUACCGCCCGUAGCGCGUAUAGUGAAGUUGUUAAAUUUCGAAAAUGUUAUUUUUAACGUAGUCUUAUAUAUAUAUAUAUAUAUAAAAAACCGUCUCCUUAGAAAUUUCCGAUAUUUUCAAAUAACCUUGUUUAAAAAUAUAAUUAGAAUUUUUACGUUAACCGCAACGCCCGCAUAUAUUUUGAACCGGACAAAGUUUAACAUAUUUGGCAUUUGUUUUCCGUCCCCUCACCCCAUUAUUAAGAAGAGUGCACGCACAACGAAAAAUGGUCCCCCCGUGCGCACCGACUAUCGAUGAAAUUUCCGCGUGAUCACUCCGCGUGAAUAUUCGACAUUAUAGUGAGCAAUACGUUCCGAGCGUCUCGAUCGGUGGGGUAGCGCGCGCCUACCUAUCCCAGAAGAUUAGGCGAUUGUGACGGCGAAACAUGUUACCCGUGUAAAAAAAAAACCAUAGCUGGUAUUAUUACAAAUUCGGAAUUGUUAACGGAACGUACACAGCUGCUGGCUGAAUCGUAAUAAUUGUUAAUUCGGUGCGAUUUUCGGUCGGCGAGCGGGCGGUGUACGCACGAUAUUAUAAUAUAUUAAUUGUUCGUGAUGCGAAUAUACCCGUCGGACUAAUAAUUUAUCGCCUCCCCGAUUUAAUUCGUGCGCCAGUGCACGGCGAAAACAACAACAACAACAACAACAACACGUAAAUUUAUGAUAAUAUUCUCGUCGACGGUCGGGAAACAAUGUAAUACGGAACCUACCGACUCAUUAGAGCGGCCUGGGCGGUCUCUAGAGGGAACGCGUGCCUGACCUAAAUUCACGCGGUCACUCGCUCCACACGGACGCACACGUGCAGCAACAGCACCAGCAGCGGGACGUUCUUUUGCGCACAGACACACGUACGCGAACGUCACGCGAGCGGCACACACGCGCCCGCGAACGCUCGCGCGCACACACCCAGCUACACACACACACACACACGCACACACACACAUACACGCUCGCGCGAACGCGAGAAGAGCGCACGUGGAGGCGGUUUUUGCGGUACACGGCAAUUAGUAUUGUUCGCUAUAGCGAUGCACGAGUCGUCCGCCGCGUAUGUGCAAUUAUUGUGCAACGACCAUUAAGUACGCUCGAUUCGAUUAAACGGCGAAAAUGUAUUCCCGGUCGCGCGCGUGUCGUCGUCCCGCCGCCGCCGCCGCCGCUGCACUACACUCGGGGACGCGAGUCGCGCGGCGUCGGCUCGUGUGCGUCCCGCGACCGCUGCCGGCCUCGCGCGCGCCCGCGUAACCCCGUGACCUCACGUAACCACGGCGGCCGCGGUCUUUUCGAAAACGCCGCGCUAUCGCCUCCGCGCUUCUUCAAUAAUAAUAUCAACGUGACGGUUGACGGUUUUUUUUUUUUUUUUUUGCGUUUUUCUCCGAUCGAACCGUCACAGGAUAGCUGUUUUCGUAGUCGUUUCGGAUCUGGUUGGUGCAUAUUGAGGCUGUCAGUCUUGAUAUUCUGAACGGUUUUCGUUGCGUUUGGGAACAAGCUAUAACGGUUUCGUUAUUUUCGAUCUGUAAUCGUAGACCGCUAUUCUAACAGAACACUUAUACAGUUUUAUGGGCUAGGGAGAUCCUUGGGUAUAGGAGAAAAAAAAAUAACCGUUAUAAAGUUUAAAUAAAAAAAACCAUCAAAUUCAUUUUUUUUUUUUUUUAACGAAAUAAUAUAAAUGUUAUAAUAUAUCCAUUAUCUACAAAUUUCAACAUAAGUUCUAGUUUAACAUUAAAUCAGUCGUUCUAAUUAAUUUUUUAUUAAUCACUUUUUUUUUAGGAAAUUAAAUUCUUUAUCAUUUUUACAUUAAACAUUAUUUCAUAUCUUCAACCAUUUGACAAAUAUAAUUAAAUAGCCUUGAAAAAAUCGUGAAAUAUUUUGUAUUUUAUGAUUUUUCUCAGGAAACACAGAUUUUACAGUAAAUUGUAUAAUAAUAAAUUAUAUAGACAUUAAGAAGAGCUACCAGAAAGCAUCAUAUUAUUUUAUAAUCAGUGAUGUCGUUAUUGAAUUAUUUGCGAAAAACUAAAAAGCUACCCUAUUUUCUUAUUUUUCAACGCUCUUGGGUCACGAAAAGACGGUGAGUUAUCAAAAAGUUGUUUUACAUGAAAACCGUCACCUUUGAAUACACUGAAAUCUAUAGAUUUUACAAUAAUAUUGACCUCGACAUUUUAUUUUACGUUAUCUUAUGAUGGCUAUAAUCCAUUAAUAUCUAUAACCACAACGCAUCCAUUAUAUAUCUUAUUGUACAAUAAUAAUUCGUAUUUGAAUUUUAUUGACAACAGUUUUGUUGUUUAUCAUUUUAAAUUGAAAUCUGUACAGAAACAAUUUUUUAUACUAUAUAACUACAAUACCAGUGUUAUAUCGCAUGUAGACUUUCGAUAAUUCGUAAUUCAUAAUGCUGGUCGUUAUAGACGGUGGAAAUUCGAAGUUUUUGAAUUAUCGAAGGUUCGCAUACUCGUAACAUACUGUUUUCGAGGGAGGUUGAGACUGUUAGGUUGCAGCUCUUAUUUACGGGUAAGCGGGAAACCGCUAGAUAUGUAUAUGCGGGACUUGACAAAAAAAAAAAAAGCGGGACAUGCCUACAAAUUUACAGAAACGAAAGAAAAACGAUUUUAAUAAUUGUUAUCAGUUUUUUUUUAAAAUUUGAAAUAAAAUCAACAAAAUAAUUGCUAUUUCAAAGUAAUAAUCGCUAGUUUUAUCAUCACUGCACGAGCCGCGAGGGAACGAAAAAUAUAUAAUGAUACAAAUGUCUUGUUAUUCCAUUCGGCUCGAACAAAACACGUAUCACGUUUGAUCAUAAUGAUACAAAGAUAACGCACCGAAAAUAAUAUUGAUUUUGUUAUAGACAUUUCGAUUAGUGUCCGACAUGAAUAUUCCGAGAAAAUACUGAAUUGAAUCUAUAAAUACUACCGAUGUUUGACAAAACCGGCACGUGCAAUCGAGUCGGUCGGAAUUUCGGAUGGAAAAUAGUUUCAAAUGCGCACAAUAGGAACGUAAUGCUUAUAAUAUAUAAUAGGACUUGGACAGGUUAACCAAAAAAGCGGGACAAUUAGCGCCCCGCGGACACGCAUCGCGGGACGCAUUAUUUGAGUCCUGGAAACGGGACGUCCCGUCUCACGCGGAACGUUUGGCCACCCUAGUUGAAAAGAUUGAUGUUUCGUUUGAAUUAACGAGAAUUUGAUAAAUUCGAAUGGGGAAAUUUUGGUAAAAAAAAAAAAAAAAAAUUUCCCAGAACACCGGGAAGGCAUUUAUAUUGUGAAUAGUGGAUUUAUGAAGUUUUUCGUAUAUACCCGUAUCGACUGCUGUAGUGGUCUCGUAGUUAACUUUAAUCAGUGAGGCCCGGAAUAUGGAGGCGGUGGUUCGAAUAAGGGACUAAACGGUUGUAUUGUAAAAAUGAUUGAGGAUACAGAGUAUUCCACGCAGAUCUAACGAACGCAAUAAUUUUUGUUAUUUUAAUAUUUUUUUUUUGUAAUAGGGAAUUUUGCUAAUUUAUACUAUUUUCUAACUCUGCCCCCUCCACGUAUAUACGCCGCUGUCUAUUAUGGCGUGAUACAAAUCUAAGUACCUAUAUAUCGGUUUACGGAAUAUGAACUAUACAUUAUUAUAUUAAAAAAAAUUGUGGAUGGGCGUUAGGGUUUGUAAAGUCAAUGUGCUACACUAGAUAAAUAUAAUAUCAAUCAUUUGGGCGAAGCCGAGGUCAAUAUUAUUAUACCGACGGUGUAUUACUAAAAGAGCAUCAAAUUUCACUUUUUUUCGGGAAGCAAAAAAAAAAACUAAAAACAGUUUUUAAUCAUGUUUAUCAUGGAAAACAAUAAAAUCGCUCGUACACAUAAUACAUUGUACACAAAACAUACAUGCAUUGAAUGUGGUAUACGCCCUUUUAACAAAUCAAUGUUGAUUUAAUUCUUUUUUAAAAGGGCGUCUAGAUAUCUUUUAGCCGACAUUUUAUACCAACUUAACUUUCUGUAUUUAAAUAUGCCCUUUCACCAGUUUAUGCACCUAAUUUUUCUGAUUUUUUUUUUUUGUUACCAAAAACUUUUUUUUCGAUUUUUAGUAGUAAUACCAUUUGAACAAAACAACAUCGAUAUGGUCGUUGUGUGAGUGCCACACUCGCGAUUUUCUUUUUAUACUUACGGGACUCAACCAUAGGUACUUUUUUAAGUGCAACACACUUGUACCCAUAUGAAACUCCCGACCGUUAAUGAUUUAUUAGUUUGUCGCGUUGCGUGUACAGGUAUAUACGAGUAUACGCGUAAAAAAAGAAUCACGACGUCCACGGGGAGGUCACCGCGCUGUACAACGUACAUUGUAUCCACUAACCUAACCUACCGCCUGUCACCUAUAUUAUAAAUACACUGUAUCUACUGUAAUACUAACCUAACCUAUACCCGUGUAAUGUAUAAGAAAAAAAAAAAUUAAAAAAAAAAAAAAAAAAACGAUUCCUCAGCCCGGACGCCACUUACUAUAUCGUCGGGAUACGCGUCCGAGGCGAUCCGUUUCGACGGCCUGUCGCUACCGAUACCGAUUUACCCUAAAACACAUCAUUGCAUUAUACACGUCUGGGCGGCAAUAUAAUUUUAUAUACGUUUUAUAAGAAAUAUGCGCGUCCUCGAAACCGGUUGUUAAGGAUUAUUAUAAUAUUAUAUAUUAUGUGUUUUGAUUUUGCAUAUAUUAUUAUAAUAUCGUUGUGGUUGAAUAUUUUCCAAUUUAAAAGACGAACAAAUAAAAGCUCCCGCGUAUAGCCGCCGACGACGGCGGUAUUGUCGUUUUUCUUGUGCCGACCGUCGAAAAAGUACACGAAACCUUCCGUGAAUUCGUUUGCGCGUAAAACUGCGAAAAAACAAUUUUUAAAAAUCAGUCGAAAACACGUUCUACGGUCGUUUAUGACGAUACCGUCGCAUUUUUUUCUAUGGGGUCUAUGUGAUUUUUUCUAUUGUUAUUAUUUUUUUUUUUUCUAAAUAAUAUUAAUUUUCCAAACAAAAAAACGCGAGUAAUCUAAUACGGUUCGUUCGAAUGUAUAAGUUACAAUACCUAAUAUGUUUUUUGUUUUGUGUCGGAAAAAAAGAUUAUACGUUUUUAUUGUUAUUAUUAUUAUUAUUUGUUUUACACAAACAUAAACAACGGACGUGCAAAGAUAAAACAAAUUAUGACAUCCAUAACGCCUCCGUAGCAAUAAUUCGUUAUUUUAACAUUGUUACGUACAUAUUGUACUAUAGAAUUAUAAUAAUACUAUUGUAUAUAUCAUGUGCGAUUAGCUAGCUUGGCUCUUUCAACAGCGGUGUCACGUUUCUCGUAUUUCUUUUAUGGUCGCGGUAAUAACCGCCGCGACAGUCUGUCACCGAAGUCGAACCGUUUUAGAAAUGAAUAAAUCCGAAUUGGUUCCCGAGCUCAUACCCCACAUGUCCAAUCGGUUCCCGUUUAAAAAUAAUAUUUUAUGAAGGUGAGCCGAAUUGGUUCCCGUUUAAUGACUACAUUUAUACAAUAAACACGAUAAAUGUCGGUAUAAUAACACUAUAAUAUAGUAUAUUUUUAAACUUUUAUUUAAUUUUUAUCAUGCUAUGCUAUGCUACAAAAUAUUUAAACGGGAACCAACUAUUCGGUCACAACCGAAAACGGUGAUAACCUUGAAAAUUCUUCGUUUCGUGAUAUUAGAACCUAGGUAUCCGUAAGUAUCCGCUAUCACUAUAAGAGUGAGAUGUAGACAGUGGUGUCAUUUGGGGUAGAUGGAAGGCGUUUGCACCCGUGAAGAUUCUAUCAAGAAAUAAAAAGGUAUCAUUCAACAUACACUGCAGAUAACGGACAAAAAUAUUAAAAUAAUUAAAUUAGUAUACACUACUGUCACAGGACACAGAUAUGUAUUAUAAUACACUAGAUAAAUAACCAGUGAUAAAAUGUGAAGUUUUCAUCCGCCAUUUAACUCAAGGGUAGUGGGUUUCGUUGUCCAUUCUAAUAUUGUGAAAAGUGUUAUGUCUGUCUUGGACACCGCGGUAAUAAUGGUAAUAGAAAAACGAGAAUAGCGGUGCAUUAUUAAAACACCCAUACACCGUUCCGCUACACAAAUAAUUCUCACUAAAAUUCCCCCCUGACAUAAACUUAAAAACAUAACAACGAUUUUGCCAAAAACACGCCAAGAGAAAUUUCGUAUUUUAAAAUCAAAAAGAUAAGUUUUUUUGAAAAUUCAAGUUAGAUUUUUAUCAAUUCUGGAAUAAUUAUAAAUUUACUGUAAAAAAAAUUAUAUUUAAAUGAAAAAAAAAACCAUCGAUUUGUGGAAUAUAAAAAUUCCAUUUUAUGGACAAAAUAUUUAAUCAAAUUUAUUUUUAAUUUUUAGAUAUUGUUUCGAACAUUUUAAAACUGCAAAUAAUAAAAUAAUGUCAGUAAUUAAAAUUCAUUUAUUUGGUGUACAAUAGUUGUAAUCGACUAGGUGACGGUUUAUUGUAAUUUGAUUAUUAUUAACUAUUAUGUGGUUUAUAUUUUAGUAUUUCAAUGUUAGUCGCCUUGAUAAAAUUAAAAUGUGUGACAUCAUUUGGAAAAACUUUUAUCUUUGGUAGAACAGCUGUCGAGGUCUUAGGUAUGAUAUUGACAAGAGUAAGAUACGAUGUGUAGCGAUAAGAGAAAAUGCACGAUGAAAGAGUGAAAAAAGGUUGAUGGAUUUGUGUUUUUACAUACAUUGUAUAAUCGUCGGCAUAAAGAUUUGCAACAUUUCGAUUUAGUAGUAUUCGUUUUAAACAUUUCAAUGACCACUAUAACCCGUCCUAUGACGGUCACACAACUAGUUAUUGGUUAUAUUUUAGAUAACACCUAUCAUAACAAACACGUCAUUACUAUUUGUAGGUACGUCAUAUUUUUUUGUAUUUUACGUUGUAACCAACUAUUAUCGCGGUAAUAUUAUACAUUGUAACACGAAGUUACUUUAUCCAUGGAAUACUUAUACCGGACUGCAUAAAAACAGUUCGUUAGCCUACGAUAUCGUAUCGAUAAAGAAGUUUAUUUUGUCCAUAAAGUUACGCUUAAGCCUUUCUUUAUAGAUUAACCGUGAUUGUGGUUCUAUAGUAUAAAGUGUAAAUCUUAGUCCGUGAUUUCUGAAACAGCGAAUCGCUUAUUUAUCGAACCAGUUAUCAUCAUACAAUCAUACAAAUUGUUGAAAUUUGUUUAUUUAUUGUUUAUGGGUUUGUUUGUUUGAGGUUAAUUGGACGGGGAAACGGCCACGAGGAUGUGACUAUAAACCUUCCUGACAUGAUGAUAAUUAUUAUUGUUCCGAUUAUUGCAGGUGGUAUGUGCUGGGGAUCGAUGGGUAAAAAUGGUCUGUGCAAAGACCUGUUGGCCGAACACGUGUCUAAAGAGAAAUGCUGCGAACUGGGUGGAAGUUCCGUGUCGACGUCGUGGAGCCCGACCGACUUGGACUCGGGCGCGUUAUUCUUCUGGCGUGUCUUGGGAGACGGUGUACCGUGCACCAGGUGCAAAGGUAGGUACUCUAGCACUUGUACCGCAGCGACAUGUCGUGUGAUAAUAGGCGUGGUUUAGCGAUGAUGAAGUUUACGGUAAACGGUUUGCUACUUGGUCGCAAUAUCGUCGAAACGUUUUGUUUACCAUACAGUAAGUCACCAACGGACAACCAGUAACCGAAGAUAGUAAAAGUAUAGUUUAUCAAACGGUUAAUACCACCAAAAUCAGUUAGUCCGCUAAACUAUAGCAGCAGUAACCACAUCGCUCAAAACCACGUCACCGAAACACGCCUAGUAUAAUAUUUUAAAUAUUGUUGUGCGACACCUAAUGCAGGUGGUUUACUGUUGCCAGGGUCCUGCACGGGCGUGGAGUGCGGUGCCGGCAAGAUGUGCGUUAUGCGAUCGGGCUCGCCAAAGUGCAUAUGCUCGCCAAAUUGCAAGCGACACGACGGGCUCCGGCUGAAGGGACCGGUGUGCGGUACGGACGGCGUGUCGUACAAGUCGCACUGCCGGCUGAAAAAGAGAUCGUGCCGUACGCGGGACCAAUCGCUGGUGGUCGCCUAUCACGGCCUGUGCCAAAGUAAGUGCGACACGCCACUGACCAAACAUAAUAGUCUUUAACAUAUAACUCGCCCUUUAUACUCUCCCCGGCGUUCUGUCCCUUCUUUACUCAACUAUAAUAUAUUAUAUACUAAAACUCUUAUUACAGAUUCUUGCGACAAAGUCACCUGCCCGGGAGGCAAGUACUGCCUACAAGACCAGAACCUUAUGCCCCAUUGCGUCAAGUGCGCCACUUACUGUCCGCCAGGCAUGUCGCCGUCCAAGCUGGUGUGCGGAUCCGACGGUCGGACGUACCAGAGCGCGUGUCACCUGCGCGAAGCCUCCUGUCGGGUGGGCAAGGCCAUACCGAUAGCGUACAAGGGACGAUGCAAGAGUGAGUGGUCCAUUUUUAAUAAUAUUAUUGAACUCUUUAAAUGAAAAAUUGUAUUGUGUGACGAACAUUUUCCAACUAUAACAUCAAUUGACCGCAGUCCGUAUCGAUCGAUUUUAUACCUAUUUGAAUAUGUCUAUUUAAAUACCACGCUAAAAUAAAUGUAAUAAUUUAAUCAACCGGUUAUUUUCCCCAAGUUUCUGCUAGAUAAAUCGUGUUAAAAUUAAAUAUCACGUUUAAUAUGCGAAAAUGCAAAUAUAACAAAAUAAUACGUACUAUUUAAACGGAUGAAAGAGCUACACAAUAAUGGGAAAUAAAAAAAAUCUCCAGUAAUCUUAAACUUCUAUGAUAUUUCGAAACUAAUUUUUUACAUCGAUCGCGACUAUACGUUUUGAACGAUUUUUUAAAAAGCACUUUUUUAUAAGUCCCAAUAGCCUGCACAGUGAGGAAAUUUUUGACGUUCAUCUCCACGUAUUGUAAUACGUUACUAUGAUGGUAAACGAUUACGAGCGGUGGCGGCGGCGUUUUUGAAAAUUCGUGCGGCGAGGGGUUGGUCAAGUACCGGAUGCAAUGCUGCAGACACGAUGCGAUCCGGACGGACGGGUCACCGAAACGUGAACAUUUCUCUUUACACGGACGACGGUGUCUCGGGCAAACCGGGUGUGGUGCGGGUGCCACCGACGGGUUGACGACCGUGAGAGAGUAUUUCUGCGGUGGUGAUGUCCGUCUCGUCGGUCUUCUACACGUUGGUUUUUUUUUUUUUAACACGGCCACCACCACUGGGAUGAUUAGGGUCCCCGGACGACCGUCGACCCGUUUGACGUUACCCGCGAUCGUAAUAUUACGGCCCGCACAUACUCGGUGAAAUCGAAAAACCAAACACGUCCGACCUGCUGGUGGUAUUUUUGUCGCUCGAAAAGCAAAAUCGCAAGGCGAAAAUUCUAUUUUAAAACCGAGCCGAUAUUCUCUGCAAGCAGUUUGAGACUUUAAUGAUUUUAUUAUUUAUUUUGCAAUUCUCUCUGUAUUAUUAUCCGAAAUUUAUUAUUAUUUCGACUCUAAUAGUUACAUGGUCUCAUAAUCUCAACCAGAUUCCGGAAUAUCAUUUUGUGGUGGUUUAAUCUAUUUUAAUUUAAAACCACGCCACAUUUGGUUUUGUGUCAAUCUUCCAUUCUGAACUAAAUAAUAUUUUCAGACACCACGAAUCAGUGAAAUAUUAUUAUAAGAAAGGUGGCCAACAAAGCAAAAGACGAAAAAAUGCAUUACCAAGCCGAAGUUUGGCGGUCAUAAUUAUUAUGUUUUCGUGCAAACUUCGUCCGCACACGUUCAUAAUUAUUAUUGUUUGUAAAAACGUCAGUGUGAUGUAGGCGAUUUGAAGCACUUAUUGGGAUAGACGAAUAAACGGAGACGAAACGCUAAGACGCCCGCUUUAUAACUAUUUUACCACUUGUAAAGCGGUCGAAACCGUAAGUGCCGAUUUACUGUAAGUGUCGUGCAAAGAACAUUGCGGAAGGGGCGUUCGGUUAGGUUUUAUCACGAACCUACGUUAAAGGAUGAUACAAAGGCGGAAGGGCCAAAAGGGCUUGGGGUGGGAGUCGGGAACGCGGAAGACGCUGUAAACAUAAUAGAGAAGAGCGAAGGCAUACAGUGGGUUUUGUCGCGGCGUCCGGGCUCUAAUUCGCCCGUGACUGACCACUAAGGACGGCGAUUUCGCGAACACUCCCCUCCCCCCCCCCGGGAGGAAGAUGGAAGUUUCGUAUGGUCACCGAAACCGACGGGGCGAAAACGUCGGGAAAACGGGCGCGCGCGCGUUACCGAAAUAACGGCGUGCGGGUAACAAUUGCGUCUGCAGACAUCGUCUGUCGUCCCGACUCGGGUAUUACACGCGUGUAAUAUAUUUUCGUUUCAUACAUAUUAUUAUAUAUGUGUCGCGCGUGUUUUUUAUUGUCGUCUGCGGCGACAGCGCACUCGGCGUUGUACGCGCGUUUUAGUGCUCCGGCGAUGUUAUUAUUAUUAUGCACGCGAGCGUUAUGUUGUACUUACGUUAAUACACCGACACCCGGCACCACCACCGCCGCCGUCACCGCCGACGACAACAACAACAACAACAGCAACAGCAACAACAACAACAACAACAACAACAACAAUAUAAUAUUUAUAGGAACGCUGUCUCGGGUCGUUUUAUACCGGUCGGCGGCGGCGGCGGCGGCGGUCGCAUUAAGCCGUCUAGACGUUCGCCCGUUGAGACACUAGAGUACGUACAAUACGUACACCGCAGCCGUUUUUACACGGAUACCUACCUAUGUGUAAAUGUAUACGACGCUCGUCAAAAAAAAAAAACAAAACAAAAAACUGGCCCGAUUUCAUAAUAUAUUUAAUAAUAUUAUCUUAUCGAGUUCGCGCGGCGCGCGAAAAAUAUCUACUCGAUUAAAAAUUAUGCUCGGAGAACGAAAAAAACAAAAAUUCUCAUACGCGGAAGAAUAAUUAAAUACAAUAAGCGUACGUCAUAAUAACGCGUAAUAACGUCAUUACGUUGACGAUAACCGAAAAAAAAAAAUCAAGAUCAGCAGUGGAUCAGUUCACGUACUUUGGCAGUAUACUUAUGAUAACGAUCGAUGAUCGUGGUACGCAGAGACAAAAAUAAGAAGAUCGUAAAAAGUAAUUUUGUUCAAGCUAAAAUAAUUGCUUUUUGGUGGACGAAAAAAGCACUAUCGAAGAACUUAUUGAAGACAUAAUAUUAUGUUUGCGACACAACGCUGUUAUUAAGUGAAACAGAAGUCAACAGAAGAACAAAAAAAAAAUUCAGACACGUUCGAGACACUACACAAGAAUGUUAAGAAUCAGCUAAAAGAGAUUAAAAAAUUAGGAAAUACUAAACAUACAGAACGGAUCGGAAUGCAGAACGCUAUGCACGAUCGACAAUUUUGUCAAGAAGACGAAACGAUAGCGCAUUGGUCUUAUAAUCCGACAAUCGGAAAAGGCCCGUUGACGUUGAAUGUGGAGCGUCGAAGAGAAGAACCACUUGGGAAAACUUUUUAGCCGCAGAAUACAUUAUCAAAAUAGAUCUCAUAUUGGCCACUGAAAAUUAUAGCGGUCGCCAGAAACAGAUGUCGGAGUGAAGCUGCAGAAAACCAACCUGUUAAGGAUUGAUGACAAAAGAGAGAUUUUCUCAAAGUACUCAAGUAUAUAUUACAAUAUGUAGAGCAAAGCUAGUAACUACAUAUAUUGAUCCAUUAUAUUUUGUACACAUUUUCUUCUGCUAGCAAAUAAAAAAAAAAAUAAAAAAAAAUAUAUUACAAUAUAAUAGUAUACUAUACUUUAUUAUUUCCCUCACUGUAUUUUGUAACCAUUUAUUUUAUUUUUCGGCACUUGAUUCGAUACUUAAUAAACCCUGUUCGAUAUUUAUAGAUACAUUUUCUCAAAUUAGAAGACAUUACGAUUGGUAAAUGUCAGUCUCGUUUGUCAAAAGGAACAAAUGGUACGACUAUUAAUACUCUGUUCAGAAUCGUUUUUCGUUAAUCGUUAGCAAUAUCAUCGCGUACGUAUAUAAAUUAAAUUGCUUUGUGUAUCCUCCCUUCCACUCGUUCUUCUGUGGCACACCCAUCGGCAAUAUCAGCUUCUUUUUUUUUUUUUAAUUUCUCACGAGCGUAUAAUUGAAACGAAAGAAUUUGAUUACGGUACCAAAACGUAUUAUGAACAUUGUGAUCUAAUGACGUAAACACGGUUAUUAUGUUUUUAAGACGCUCAGACGACCCGAUGACGUAACACAAUCAUCACAAUCACUAUGAUAUUGAUGAGUUUUUUGGCCGUUUUCUUUAUCGUUGAUGGGAACGAUAUUGUUUUGUUUCAUUUUUGUUUUUUUUUUUUUUUUUAAAUAUAUGCAGCGUAUUAUAUUACUACCCUUUAGUAUUGUGUAUUUUUGAUUGCAGCUUAACAAUCUGUCGGUGUCUUGUAAUAAUUCCAUACGCCUCGCUCAGAUUUCAUUUCGCUCUCAAUGUUUUUCUCGUAAGACACGUGCGUCUAUAUAUAUAUAUACACCAAUAUGUAUAUACAUAUAUAUAUAUAUAUAUAUAUAUAUGUGUGUGUGUAUGUGUGUACGGACGUUAAAAUACGGCGGUGUGAAAACAACUCGAAAACGCGUAUACAGCAGUACGUGUUAAGAACAGAAAUCAUUCGUCGGUCGUAUUUGUAUAGUUUAUUUUUCGUAUUGUGCAUGUAUAUUAUUUAUACAGUAUGAUUCGCUAAGCGUGCUUACCCCAUUAUUUCGGUUAAAUUUUGCACAAAUUCAAAUUCUGGUUUUUGGAAUUCUCAAGUUUAUUUAAAUUAAUAGUCCAUCUAUUUAUGGGAUUUUUUAAUACAGAUUCUCAUUUUAAAAACCAAAGUCGGUAUCGGUCACGAGAUACACCUUAAAUGUUGUUAAACAUUGAAGUAUUCGAAAAUAUGUAUCGGCUUUGAAUGCACAUAAAAAUUCCGAAAACCGGAAUUUGAAUAAAUGCGAAAUUUAAUCGAAAAAAAAAAUGAGAUGAACGUGCUUAAUGAAUCACCCCGUAUAUAUUAUAUACAUAUAUAUAAACAAAACGCCGCGGCGAAGACUUUUCGUCGGGGCAUGAGGAGAGUGGUCCUGUAUAACGAAAUCGGCGCGUUCCCCGUCCCGGUUCGCUUUAGAGACGUGUCGAAAUUUAAAAACCAAAUGGUUGACUGCCUUCCAAGAGCUAAAUUUAACGGACCGAAGGCUGCCACCAUGCUCGUGUACACCUUAUUCGUUUACUGAAACCGCGUCUCCCGCCCGUGUAUUUCCAUAACCAGAGCAGCCCAUGUGUACGCAUAACGUAAACGACGACUUGUUGACGAGUCCGCCGCAGCCGCCGCCGCCUGCGAUUCGGUUCCGCCGGAACAUUAUCGCGGGGCCGACGAUAAUAACGCUCGUAUCCUCGCUGUAUCCCGUUUUGUGUGCAUAGACCGGACAUCUCGACGGGCCAAAUAUAGGUGGACGGGAGGAGAGACAAUACGGGUCGACGGAAAGUAUCCGUCGAAAUCCCGGAACAUCGUUUUCUCAAGGCGGAUAUCUCGAUUAGUCGGCUCGUUUCGAAAAUCACGUGGCUAUCGAAAAUAUCCGUCGACCGCCCAGCGAAUAUCAGCUAAUCAUCGAAAAGGGUCAAUAUGUAAGCGUACCGUAUUCGGUCUAAGUAUUCUGAUCAGCAAAAUUUCAAACAAAAAUAUCCAAAAUGUUUGAAUUUAAAACAAAACCCCCGCGACUUGCGAACGAAUAUUUUUUUUUUUUCCAGUACUGUUAGGUGGCUACGAAUAAUCAAAUUUUAAACAUAUUAUUAACAUUAUCUUAUUUCAAGUAACUCGGCUAAAUUUUAUUUAUUUUUUUUCCGAGUUGUUGAAUUGUCAAUUUUUAUUUUGUUCAGAAACGGCGACGUGUGCUACGGUGAGCUGCAAAGGCGGUCAAAAGUGUCUGGUUGAGAGCAAAACCAGACGUCCGAGGUGCGUGACGUGCAACCUGCCGUGCCCGGAACCGGAAACGUUGCAGGAGGUGUGCGGUAGCGACGACAAGACGUACCGCUCGUGGUGUCACAUGUUUUUGGAUGCGUGCGCUACCGGUUUGGUGAUCGAGACCAAGUCGGCGGGCAAGUGUCGGCGGGUCGAAGUCGAAACGGGUAAGUUGUCCGAAAUACUACAGGAUGAAGUGGUGGAGGGGCGAGGUUGGAUUAUUUGGCGAGUUUGACUUGUUCGUCUCUGGGAUUUUAUGAAUCGAAACUUGUCGAAAUGACAAAAAUCAAGUGCUCGUACUUGCGCCUCAAAGACAAGAAAUCAUUGUUAAAACAACCCGAAGAGUUGAAACAAGAAUCAGCCUAUUUUAGAGAGUCCGAUGUUGCUUGAGGAACAGCGUCAAAACCGUCUCGCAUCCGUGUUGCCCGUAAAACAGUAUUCUUCGUCGUUAUGUUGUUAUUCGUCAAAAACGAACAAAAGUUAUGAAAAUAAUUUUCAAGGGCCGUAAAUUCCAGCCUUUAGAUUUGAGGCCAAAACUCACCCGGGCUUUUUGCGGAAAAAUCGAUAUUUUGAAAAAUACUGCGAAAUCGUGAUUUUUACAUUUGGAAUUCUAAAAUAAAUUUAUCAUGUUCAGCUAUUACACGUUCUUGAUUUGUACAUCGGUGUAUAAGUUAUAAACUAUUUAUUUCUCAUGUACAGUUUGGCUCUGAUGAACGCCUCUUUCCCCUUAAGAAAUUCUAAUAAUUAUAAUAAUAUAUAUAUUUUUUUUCUUCCCUCGGUUAUCAGCCACUUAGACUAUCUCUUCUCAUGCCCGAUCUCACGGUUUUCCCUGUCGGCUGAUUUUGAUUUACUGUCUGACCUGUAAUUUUAUAAACUAUACCGCGUUUUCUCUUCAACCAGCACAGUCUUACAAUCUCAAACGGGGUAUUUCGAGAGGUCUUUUUCCUUCCGGGUUUUCUUCCAUUAUCAACGGGUAAAAGUAGAUUCUGACGACGAUUCACUGUAAUCCACACGGAUAUACAAUGAAUACAAUCGUAUACUCUCGUUUUCCAGAAAUCUUCAACGGCAACUGGAACCACGUGAACGCGUCGCACGCGAUCGCAGACGGGAUCUGA